AUGUCAUUCUUCAAUUUCCGUAAGAUCUUCAAGUUGGGGGGUGAGAAGAAAAAGAAGCAGUAUGAGCAUGUCAAGAGAGACUUAAACCCAGAGGACUAUUGGGAAAUUAUAGGAGAACUGGGAGAUGGUGCUUUUGGAAAAGUAUUCAAGGUAAGAAAUUUUGUUUUGUCUUAUAUUCCUGCUGUCUUUGCCUAUAACCUGUAACUUGGGAACAUCUGAUUAUAUCAUAAAGAUUUCAUCAUCCUUAGAAUGAUUUUGGUUGUUCUGUUGUUUACAUCUUAGGGCAAACAUGGUUUUUCUUUUGAUCAUGCCAGUCUUCCAACUCUACAGUUCUUUGAUUCUAUGAAUUGUCGCAGUUUAGAAUAAUAGAAAUAUGAGAUGGAAAAGUAUUGGAUCAUUAAUCCACCCUCUCUUUUUUUUCUUUGGUAUUGCAAAGUUGUUCUUGUUGGCUGGUUUUUCAACUAUGACUGGUUUUGAAUUUCAUUUAUAAAAAAUAGAAGAGCUUCUUGCAUGUAUAUAUGCUGGAUUCUCUUCAUUUCACCACAGUCAAAAUGCAGGCCUUAAAUUUUUUUUACUAGAUGCAGUUUGUUAUAAAAGCAUGAAAUUAGUUUCUUUCAACAAAGUACAUUGCUAGGGGGAAAAUACUCAAUUUUGUGUGUGUUUUUCAUAUAACAUUGUUUUUGUAUGACUUCUGCAAGUGCUGCUUAUCACUUCAACCUUCCUUUCUCUAGAUGACAAGCUGCUUUCUAAACAGUUGGCUUAGGCUUAGCAAGAUCUUUAUGAAGUAACUCCUAAAAGGAAGAAUCCCAUGCCUCAUAGAUACAGUACUAUGCCUUUGGUUUUGAAUUGCUGAUUUAUGGUGGUUGGGGGAAUAUAUGUGAAUAUAUGCAAAACAGCAUUUUAAAGCAGGAGCUCAUCAGAGAGCAGAAUUGGGAGGUUUGCAUAUUAGAGAUUGGUAGAACAAGUAUUAAGUGUUUUCAGGAAAAACACACUCAGAGGAAGCAAUAAUACAAUUUUCAGGCAUCUCAUUCUUUAGUGCAUGGAACUAAUUUUACUGAAUUAUCUUUUAAGGACAUCCAGCUUACUGGUUGUCACUACAUCUUAUAAGAGCCAAUUCUAUAGUUUCGUUAUGUAGGAGGUAGUAUACCUCUGUGUACCAGUUGUUGGCAUUUGAAAGUGGGGAAGAAUGUGCUCAGAUCCUGCUUUGAAACUUCCUCUAGGCAUCUUGUUGUUGCAGUGAGAAUAGGUUACUGGACUAGAUGGGUCUAUGGUCUGAUUCACCAGGUCUAUUCAUAUGAUAGUAUUUCAGUACUGUACUCUUCAUUUUGGUGUGGGACUGAGAUUGCUUUGUUCAAAAAGAUCAAAUAUCUAGGAAUUUGGAUCUCUACAAAAAACAUAAAUCUAUAUAUCGAUAAUUAUGCGGAAGUAUGGAUGGAGAUCAAAAAAGACCUGGAAAUUUGGAGUAGACUAAAUCUAUUGUUAUGGGGAAGAAUCUUGACUAUCAAGAUGUCAGUGCUGCCAAAAAUGCUAUUCUUAUUCCAAAUGAUCCCUAUAAUAAGCAGGACAAGCUGCUUUAAAUAGUGGCAGAAAGAACUAGCAAAGUUCAUAUGGCAAGGCAAAAACCCUAGAAUUAAGUAUAAACUUUUGACGGAGAAAAAGGACGGGGGGGCUUUGCAUUGCCGGACCUCACAUUAUACUAUGAGGCUGUAUGUCUUUGCUCGACAAAGGAAUGGAUGAUUUUGAAAAACACAAAUAUAUUGGACAUAGAGGGGUGGGAUAAUAGAUUCAGCUGGCAGGGGUAUUUGGGCUAUAACAGAGUGAAAGCACAUAGAGGCUUCCUCGAGCAUAUAAUUAGAAAAUAUUUAUACACGUCUGGGAAUGAUACCAAAAAGUUAUUAGAACCAAAUACACCAUGGUGGUUAUCGCCUUUGGAGGCUUUUGCUGUAAAGAAAAGUUUGUUAGGAUUUUGACAUGGUACAAAAGAAAAUGAAAUAAAGUGAGAAGAAGCUGUUAAGAGGUAGAGGGAAGUCAAUAAUUAUUAUUUAUUUUUUUUUUUUUUAAGCAAUUUAUUGGGUUUUACAAUAAGAAUAAACAUAAUAAACAAUAUAACAUUUGUCUUAACAUAGUUUCACAUUUUCUUUGGACUUCCUCACAUCCCCGCUCACACUUUCAUCGUUAUAACAUUUUGUCAGCAAUUUAUCAUCUUAUUUAAAUUCUUAUAUCUCUUCAAUGUUUCAUAAUCUUAUAGUUCUCAUAAAGAGUUAAACUUUCACAGUCUUACUUGUUUUCUUAAAAACUUCUAAGUUAAGUGGUGCUCAGUUAUUUAGUCUAGCAUCUUAUUUAGCAUUCACUCAAAUCACAAUAUUUUUGUAGAUAGUUCUUAAAUUUCUUCCAAUCCUCCUCGAUUCUCUCUUCUCCCAGGUCACGGAUUCUGCCGGUCAUUUCAGCCAGUUCCAUGUAGUCUAUCAGUUGCAUCUGCCAUUCUUCCAGUGUGGGUAAAUCUUGAGUUUUCCAAUGUUUUGCAAGAAGUAUCCUUGCUGCUGUUGUUGCAUACAUAAAAAUGUCUGGUCCUUCUUUGCCACCCCUUGGCUGACAAUACCCAGAAGGAAAGCCUCUGGUUUCUUGGUAAAGGUAUAUUUAAAUACCUUUUUCAAUUCAUUAUAAAUCAUUUCCCAGAACGCCUUCACUUUAGGGGCAGGUCCACCAGAGGUGGAAGAACGUUCCCUCACACUCUUUACAUUUCCAACACUUAUUAUCAGACAGGUGGUAAAUUUUUGCAAGUUUAACUGGGGUCAUAUACCAUCUAUAAAUCAUUUUCAUUACAUUUUCUUUCAGAGCGUUACAUGCAGUAAAUUUCAAUCCAUUACUCCACAACUUUUCCCAGUCCUCAAACAUAAUGUUAUACCCAAUGUCCUGUGCCCACCUUAUCAUAGCCGAUUUAACCAUUUCAUCUUGUGUAUUCCAUUCCAACAGCAAGUUAUACAUCCUUGAAAGUACCUUAGUCUUUGGUUCUAACAAUUCUGUUUCUAAUUUCGAUUUCUCCACCUGGAACCCUAGUUUCUUAUCAUUUUUAAAAACUUCUUUAAUCUGAGCGUAAUGUAACCAAUCUCGCACUUUGUCUUUCAUUUUCUCCAAACUCUGCAAUUUCCAAUUGUCUCCAUCUUUUCUAGUAUUUCCCAAUAUUUUGGCCAUUUAGCCUCCAUAUUGGGUCUUUUUCGGGCCUUAGCUUCCAAAGGUGAAAGCCACCUUGGUGUUUUAUUUUCCAGCAAGUCUUUAUAUUUUGUCCAGACAUUAUACAAUGAUUUUCUGACAAUAUGAUUCUUGAAGGCCUUAUUUGCUUUAACUUUGUCAUACCAUAAAUAUGCAUGCCAUCCAAAAACAUUAUUAAACCCUUCCAAAUCCAACACAUCAGUGUCUUCAAGAAGUAGCCAGUCUUUUAGCCAGCAGAACGCUGCGGCUUCAUAAUACAACUUUAAGUCCGGCAGGGCAAAGCCCCUCUUUGUUUUGCAUCAGUUAAUAUCUUAAACUUGAUUCUGGGCUUUUGCCCUGCCAGACAAACUUCGAAAUAUCUCUCUGCCACUUCUGAAAGCACUCCGUUUUGUCCAAAACCUGAAGUGUUUGAAAUAAAAACAACAUCCUUGGCAAUACAUUCAUCUUAAUAGCAGCAAUUCGGCCUAACAAAGAAAGUUUCAAUUUUGACCAACUAUCUAAGUCUCUCUUAAUUUCUGCCCAACAUUUUUCAUAGUUAUCCUUAAAUAGACUUAGAUGUUUUGCUGUUAUGUUUACCCCUAGGGAUGUUACUUGUUUAACCACAUUAAGUUCCGUCUCAUUCUGAAACCGUUCUGACUCUGUAUCAGUCAAAUUUUUCCCCAAAACCUUAGUUUUCUGUUUAUUUAAUUUAAAUCCCGCCACCCGACCAAAAUCAUUAAUCAAUUGUAAUACUCUUUUCGUACUGGGCUCUGGCUUCUGCAGGGUCAAAACCAGGUCAUCUGCAAAAGCUUUUAGUUUAUAUUGUUUCUGACCAACCUGAAUUCCUUCCACCAACCGAUCCCCUCUAAUCAUGUUCAGUAGCACUUCCAGAACCGAAAUAAAUAACCAAGGGGAAUAGGGCAACCUUGUCGUGUCCCUUUUUCAAUUUUGAACUCUUCUGUGACCACAUUAUUAACUAUCAGUUUAGCUUUCUGUUCUGAAUAUAUCGCCUCAAUCCCAUUCUCAAAACCCCGUCCCACUCCCAUCUCUUUUAAAUUUCCCAUCAUAAAUUUCCAGGAAAUAUUGUCAAAGGCCUUCUCCGCAUCUAUGAAAAUUAAAACUGCUUUUGUAUUUAUAUCUGUUUGCAGAAGUUCCAAAAUGUCAAUAAUGUUCCUUGUGUUAGCAAACAGAUGUCUACCUGGGAGAAAACCGGCCUGGUCCUUAUGAAUUACUUCAUUUAAUACUUUUUUAAAUCUACUUGCCAAAAUAUCUGCAAAUAUUUUGUAAUCCACAUUUAAAAGAGAGAUGGGACGGUAGUUCUUCAGUUGUGUCUUUUCAGCUUCUGACUUUGGUAUUAAUGUGAUGAACGCUUCCUUCCACGAAUCCGGUGCCCUCUUCCCUCCAUAAUUUCAUUGCUGACCUCCAUCAAGGGUUGUAUCAAAUAGUCUUUUAAUGUCUUAUAAUACUUGGAGGUCAGCCCAUCUGGCCCUGGAGAUUUGCCAAGUUGCAUGUUCUGAAUAGCUUGUUCAAUCUCCUGUCGUGUUAUUUUAGAGUUCAGGAUUGUCCUGUUUUCUUGUGACAAUUUAGAUAGUCCAUUUUUGCCAAAAAUUGUUUAAUCUCAACUUCGUCUUGCGGCCCUUGGGUGUAUAAUUUUUUAAAGUAUCUCUGGAAGCACUUUCUAAUAUCCACUGGAUUCUGAAUGUUUUUUCCAUCAACCUCUAAGUUUGUAACCGUGUUUAAUCUUUGUCUUCUCUUCAACUGCCAAGCUAGCAGUUUUCCACAUUUAUUCGCCGACUCAAACGUUUUUUGUUUCAUUAAUUUAACCUUCCAUUCAAUUUCCUGAUUUAUCAAUUUAGAAUAUUGUGUUUGAUAGAGUUUAAUUUCUCUCAGAGUUGGCUGUGACUUUGGAUUCGCUCUUAAUUUCUUCUCUAAUUCUUUUAAUUUGUCCAAAAUCUUAUCUUUUUUCUCAUUUUGUGUUCUUUUCUUUACUACAUUCUGUUGUAUCAAGAAUCCCCUCAUUACAGCUUUGCUUGCGUCCCAGACAAUUCUUUUUUCCACCGAAUUGUUCAUGUUUAUCUCAAAAUAGUCCUUCAAAACUUUUUGGGCCUUCUUGGUAAUUUCCUGAUCUCUAAACCAAUUGUCGUUCAUCUUCCAUCUAAAGGAUCCAGUUGGUAGUAGUGUCAUAUCCAUCUUUACUGCAUUAUGGUCAGAGCAGGUCUUUGGGCAGAUUUCCACUUUUCUGACCUUAGGUGCCAGGCCUCUGGAAAUCCAUAUUUGGUCGAUUCUUGUCCAGGUCAGUUGGGCUUCAGAAAAGAAUGUUCCUUCUCUACCUAGUGGGUUCUUUGUCCUCCAAAUGUCAAUCAAAUCCAUAUUGUCAGUCAUUUCAAAAAAAAGUUUUAGGUAGUCUGCCGUCUUUUGUAACAUUUUGACUUUGUGACUUGUCCAUGUUAGUUGACACGACCCCGUUCAUGUCUCCCAUCAUUAUGAUGUUGUUGUAAUCCAGAUAUUCCAGCAUUGUCCCCUGCAGCUUCUUGUAAAAUUCGGAUUUCCCUUCGUUAGGUGCAUAGAUUCCUAAUAUCAACAGUUUCUCUCCUUGAUACUGUAUCUCAAUGGCCAAAAUUCUUCCAUGUUCAUCUUUAAAUAAGAAUUUAGGUGACAGGCUCUCUUUUGCAUAUAUCACCACGCCUCUCUUCUUAACUUUGUCCGACGAAACAAAUUCCUGGCCCAAUCUUUUAUUUAUUAACACUUUUCUGUGGAGCCUCGUCACAUGUGUUUCUUGUAAACAAAUAAUGUCCAAUUGUUCUUUUUUUAAUAUAUGAAAUAUUUUCUUCCUUUUUUCCGGAAUGUUACAACCAUUAAUGUUCCAACUCAGCAAUUGCAGAGACAUCCUGGAUCUAUCUGGUUAUUUCUCCAGGGGUGGUGUCUUCUCUGGAUCUUCAGGUUCCCCAGGUGCUGGUGUUAAUGCUGGCUUUGCCCCAGGCCCAGAAGGUAAUUCAAUUCCUUUUUGAAGGUCCUCUCCGUAUGUAGCCAAAAAUUUGUCUCUCUCUUCCAAUGUUCUAACUUUGACCUUUCUCCCUUUAAAGGUAAAAGAUAUUCCUUGGGGAAAUUCCCACCUGAAUGGAAUUGCGUUGCUCCUUAGUAGUUUAGCAAGUUCAGAAUAGGCGGCUCUAAGAUCCAGCAGUUGUCUUGGAAUAUCUUUAUAAAUUUCAAUUCUUCUGUCCAAAACCUCCAGUGACUUUCCGUAAUGUAGGCCCAAAAUCUUAUCCCUUUCCUCCUUUGAUCUCAAUGUAAUCAAACAGUCUCUGGGCCUCUCCUUCUUUGUGAAUCUUCCAAGUCUGAAAGCCGACACAAUUUUAAAAUCCUUUUCUUCCAAAUUCCAGAACUUGGAAAAUUCUUUGGUCAAAAACUCAGUUAAAUUUCCUUCUUCUGCCUCUUGUAAUGAUCUAAUCCUCAAAUUAUUCUCACGAUUUCGCAGUUCUAUCAUAGAAAGAUAAGUCUGAUGUUCCCCAACUUGUUUGGUGAGUGGUCUUACCUCUUGCUCUAAAUUUUCCAAUUUUUGUCUAGUAUCUUCAGCCAAUUUCCGAUUUUCUGCUGAGGCCUCCGUUAACUGUCCAAUUGCUUGUGUAUUCUGUACAACUUGUAUGGUUAAUUUAUUUAGACAUUCUGUAUUUUUGUCAAUCUUUGCUGAUUGCGCAUCUACUUUCUUGUCCAAAGCUUCCAAUUUUUCAAAGAUUUUGUCUAGAACAGAAACAGAUACUCCUGAGGCCAUAUCUUCCAAUUGUAACUGCUCUGCUUCACCCUCUCCCUCUUUUGCCUGUGGCAAGGCAACUUCUUCAAGUUCUACUUCUGAGGGCAAAGUAGGUACAGAUGAUCUACAUGUCUGCGAGGCUGAGGUUAGAGUUGUUAAAGUUGUUUGUCUAACUCUCCCUCUUUUCCUUGUGCCACUCAUUCCAACGUUGUCUAUCAGUCAAGGUCACACUGAGUUUUUCCCAUGGGAAUAGAAAGGCCCAGAGCAAGCAAACAACAAGGGAAUCGAAAGUAAAUGUAAAUGUAAAGUCACUGUUUUCAUCCAAUCCUCUAGAGGAGCUUAAAAUAUCUUUCAGAGUCUAAUUUAAUGUCCAAGAACCUUCAAAUAUAAAUAUUUAGCAGAGUUUAUAAGUAGUCACUUUGUUACAGACAGUGCUUAUUUAUCUCCAAAAAGAAUGUUUCAAAUUUAAAAAGUCUCAAUACCCUCAGAUUGUUGCAAGUUCCAAUAUACAGUAUCCAAAUCUGCAAUACUGACAGCUCAAUUUCUCACUGCUCAGGCAGCUCCUGACUCUGGGUUUCACCUUCUAAUUUGUAAUCCAAUAAAAGGGGGGAAAGUCAAGUGCAAGUUAAAAUUCCAAGUCUUUAGCUUAAAGUCUUUACUUUAAAUUGCAAGUUCAGUAGAUGCUUAGAUCUGUAAAGUUUAAAAUCUCUUCCUUUCAGCCUCCACUCCUCCAACUUAGUUGCUUUUUUCAAGUUCAAUGGCUGCGGAAGACGGACUUCCUGUUUCCACGUCUCUCCGCUUUCAGCCAAGUUCAAGCCAAUUUAAGGUUUUUCAUUUAAAGUCUCUGAUUUCAAGUGAUUCAGUCUUUACUCACGAGUAAGUUGCUUUUCGUCCGAAUCCGUAUUUUAGCAGGAAAAAGGAUCAGCGCUCACCGGCAGCAGCAGCGCGGCUUCACUCCGCAGACUGUGAAGCAGCUCUCAGCGCCGCAACCCCCCUCCACGCUCCGGAGCCCCUUACGAGGUUCCUUCUGCGUUUGGAGGGUCACUUAAGGCGCCCACCGAGCCUCAAGACCCCAAGCUCUUGCUGCCUGGGGUUUUCCGGAGUGGGUCUCCGCUUCGCCGUAGCGGACGACCCGUUUUCUGCGGAGCCUCCUCUCCCGUUCAGAAGAGGACCGCCAUUGCCGUUCGCGCCGCCCCUCGGAAGUCCAAUAAUUAUUAUUUAAAGUAUGCAAAUAUGCAUAGAAAAAUAAUGUAGAAGACAUAUGUCAAUGUAAAGGGAAUUGUUGAUGUGUAUUUUAAAUUUCAAAAAUAUCAUUAAAAAAAAGAGAUUGCCUUGUUCACCCUGUUGGGUGACCUGUCCUGGGAGAUGGAGGACUGUGAUCCUGUUGAUUCCCCUGAACCUCUUAUGUGUUUUGGUUGGUAGUACUACUGUUCUUGCAAUAAAUAUUUAAUCUGUUAUAUGCCAGGUUGCACUCCCAGCAUCAGGCUCAUAGAUUUGGGGGUGGUUCCUGGAUCUGCCCUAUUUAUGCAGGUGCCUGUGACAUAACUAUCUGGUCUACUAUCUUGCACCCUUUCAUUGAGAAAUCAGAUCAAGUCUCAUUUGUUCAUGGCUUAGUCACUCCCAGGUUGGAUUAUGUAAAGUAUCCUACAUGGGGCUCCUCUUGAACACAGUUCAAUUGGUUCAGAAUACUGCUGGGAAACUGUUAUCUGGAGUCACCAGGAAUUUGGUUGUACCAACUUAACAGCUUUUGAUUUCUUUCCAGGCUCAGUUCAAGAGGUUGAUUGGGCCUUAAAUGCCCUGACAGCCUGGACUGGACAAAUCAGCUUGAGGUUUGCUGUCCUCCUGCUGACACAGGUGCAGCUAGUUGGAAUGAGAGAGGCAUUUUCGAUGGUUGCACCCAGGUUAUGGAAUAAUUUCUCCUGGGAGGUUUAUAUGCCACUUCAUUACCUGCUUUCAAACAUGCCUUGAAAACUGUUGCUUUCAGUGGGCAUUUUUUAACUGAGACUUUUUGAAUACAGUAGUUCGUUUGCUCUCUGCUGGUUUCAUUACUUGAUUAUAUUGUUUUGUUUUUGUAUUUAGCCACCUUAACUGCAUUUGCAUAGAAACCCAAAGUGUAAGUGUUGGAAUACACAAAGCUAAAUAUUUGUUUUAGCUUUUCAUUAGCAUUAAAAGAGGAACAUAAAACACUACCAAAAAAAUCAUUUACUUUAGAAAAUUAUGGUGGAGAGAUAUAGCCCUGUUUAUGGAAGUAUUUAAUGUUUGAUGUUUUGAUAUAUUUUUAACCUUCUGUUGGAAGCCACUCAGAGUGGCUGGGAAACCCAGCCGGAUGGGUGGGGUAGAAAUAAAUUAUUAUUAUUAUUAUUAUUAUUAUUAUAGCACAAGGACAGGGUGGGAAACCUGUGGCCCUCCAGAUAUUGUAAGACUCCAUCUCCCAGUAGCCAUUGUCAGUAUGGUUAGUAGCUGGGGAUAAUGGGAGUUAGCAACUCCCAGAACACCAUAUAUUGCACACCAUAUAUUGCACAUGGUUUAAAGUGACUCAUUCAUACAGGUAUAGAUGCCAAUCUCCUGAACAUAUUGCAUCAUGUUAGCUUCUGGAAGUUUUGCACAUGCAGUGCUAUUCUCUUCAACUUUAGUGAAAAGUACCAUAAUUGUUUAAGGCUGUACGUUUGAUAUUUUAAUCAUCCAAUUCCUUGCUUUAAUCAUGGAAUAUGCUUUCAUCUUCCUGAGCAGCACAGAAAUCUUGGAUUCAGUAUGGGAUUAAGAUUCAUAACAGUAGAAAAGACUAGCUACACUUAUCUAUUAUUGCAUAUCAGACACAACAUUCUCAAUUCCUGCAAUGAGUUGAAAACAAAAGCAACUAACUUCCUCUGUUAUACACAAGCACAGAAAUCUUAUUAGUUUACAUCCCACUUCUUUCUUCCCAAAGAAGCCCAAGAUGGCGUAUCGGUAUACAUAAUAGUACAGUUGAUAUUAUCCAGGGUUAAUAAUUUUUAAUUCUUCAAAUCAAGGAAGUAUGGUGUACAUGCUGAUUCUUGCCAUCUUUCAUUAGUCACUUAUGAGCUGGGUGUAUACCUCAUGAGUAAUCUGGAGUCUUUCUUUCACACUUCAGUACAUGGAGUGUGUAUGUAGAAUGUAUCCACCCAUCCCUUUAUAAGGCAAGUCAUUUUCUCCAAGGUAUGAGUUAAUUCUUGUUAACCUCAAACAUUUAUUUUAAGAGGAGGAAGCAAGGUACCAAAAGGGCGUAUUAGCUGUUCAUGUAUAUAUUUUUGCUAAAAUAUAUUUUUAUGGUAGAAAAAACUCAUGAUCUCAGUUUUGUCUUGAAUAUAGCACUUCUAGGACACUAUUUUCUGAGCAGUCUCCUAGUGCCAUGGUUUGGGAUUUCCUAAAGCCAUUUUGUGGUUUUAUUUGCUCAGAUUUCAGUUUCUUUUUCAUGCUGCAUAUUUAUCUCUGAAUUGAAUAAGGAACUAUGAAUAAGCUUUAUAGAUUUCUGCCAUCUGUCAGUUUCUGUUUCCCAAGAUGUGGAAAUGACCAUCAGUUGUACAGUUAAGCAUUUGUUAAAACAGUAGUUAAUUUUUCCUUCCAGCUGUCUGUUGCUAUUCUCCACUUAAUUAUCCAUUUUUAGUUUUGUGCCUUAGACUGGCCUCUAAUCUCUGUAAACGAUUUCUAGGAGACUGUGGAAUUCUGCAACAAUAAGCAGAAUGGGUAGAAUAUGGUUUUCAACAUAUUGAUAGCAUUUAAUAUACUUUCAGGACAGAAUAAAUAUAUUUAAAAACAUUUUACAUUAUAAGCCAUAAUUGAGCCUAUUUUUAAAAAACCUGCAUUUUGUUGAGUAAAAAAAAAGGCAUUCUGUAAAUUAUUAUUUUAUGGGAUUUGAUUUACUGACUAAUAAGAGGUGAUAUCCAAGUUAUGCUAAGAGUAGAUAAUUAUUUAAAGCCAUUGAUUAAUGGCUGGGCUCUGAGUGCUACCAAUGUUAGCACCCGUGAUUUUAUAACAGGAUACAAUUAACUAUCAAGGCUGCAUAAAGGUAUCUCUAUAACUAUUCAUCUUAGGUAAAGGUAAAGGUACCCCUGCCCAUACGGGCCAGUCGUGACCGACUAGGGUUGUGCGCUCAUCUCGCUCAAGAGGCCGGGAGCCAGCACUGUCCAAAGACACUUCCGGGUCACGUGGCCAGCGUGACGAAGCUGCAUCUGGCGAGCCAGCACCAGCACAGCACACGGAAACGCUGUUUACCUUCCCGCUAUAAAGCAGUCCCUAUUUAUCUACUUGCACUUAGAGGUGCUUUCGAACUGCUAGGUGGGCAGGAGCUGGGACCGAACAACGGAAGCUCACCCCGCCGCGGGGAUUCGAACCGCCGACCAUACGAUCAGCAAGUCCUAGGCACUGAGGUUUUACCCACAGCGCCACCCGCGUCCCUAUUCAUCUUAUAACUGUAUAAAUAGUAUAGUGCUUUUCAUUUCUUUAUAAAGAAUGCCAUUAUGUUAGCACUGGGCAGGUUUGAGGUCUGUCUAGAUUGGUGUGGGAAACCUCUGCCCUUGGAUGUCCUAGUAGACCUAUGAGUCCCAUUUCCACCAAAGAACACUGACCUGCCAAUCAGUUAACAUCACUGAGUGGUAUCAGGUAAUGAACUGGGCGUGGAGUUGAAUUCCCCACAGGGAAUGUAUUGGCAAAGCAGACCCCACCCCCAUUCACCUGUCAAAGUUGACCCACAAGGUGGGGGAAAGUAAAGGUCUGCUCCCCCAGCCAAAAAGAUUUCCCACUUCUGGUCUAGAUAUUCCAAAGAGGAAUAUGGAUUGGAUGUGUAUUGGGGAUCCAGGGUUGUUAGUAAUCCAUCAAUCAAAAUGUUGUGGCCCUGUUGUGUUUAUUUUGACUUUUUAAAAGAAUAAGAUAACUUCAGUUGAAUUUAAAGUAGUAAAUUUGAUAUAAUUCAUAAAAGCUAAUAAAGGAAACCCAACAAAACAAGCUGAAAGUUGUGACAUUCGUAACUAGGGAGAAGGGCACUGAGACUGCUACCCAAAGCAGUUCACUAACUGAUAUGUGGAAACUUUUGCAGAAUUCAUUUUCAAAAGCUACACUGUUUCAGUAUUUUGGUCAUUUCAGACUUGAUCUGGGUAAGAAUCCAAAUUAAAUUCACUAUAAUUUGAAAAAGUAGCAGUUAUAUUAAACUAAAUCAGACUUCUGGAAGCUUAGAUGUUUGAUCUUUCUUGUCAUUUUAUUGUUAUGUGAUGUCAUCUUACACACUAUUUCCUGAAUUGGAGUGAACAAAUGUUUCAAACUUUCAUUAAGGCAAUUUUUAUGCAUAUGGUUUUUAUCAGUAGGAAGAGAAAUAUUCCUCUGGGGCUUCUAAUUGAGUUCUAAUGGUAAGGAACCCAUUAUAAUAAAAGCAAAACUUGCUCUUGGUGAUCAUAUUACAUGCUUGAACAUUGGAUAGCAACAAAUGUUUGCCUCGGGUUACAGAAUUUUCAGCCAUUUCCUUUCUCCAGACUGAAAAGCUUUAUAUUGGCAUGUUUUUAUUUCUGAAGAAAGCAUUAUGAAUAGGCUGUUCAGUAGACAGUGGCUGCUGUGUUGGUUGGAAAUGACAGAAGAUACAAAGCAGAUAAAUAUUGCAUCUGACAAAGGGGCUAUGAUGUAUGAAAGCUCAUUAGUCUUUAGAAACUGUUAGUCUUUAAGGUGACACAAAACACCCUUCAGGUCAAUGAUACUGAAGCAACCUAAGGAGGCAUUCGUAUGCAAAAUUCUGAGUUGCAUAGAAUGCUUUAUUAGCAUAUUGUGAUGUUGACAUUACUGCUUCCAGCACUAUUUCCCUCUGCUCACAACUUAGUCAAACAAACAGGUUGUUCUUUUUAAUUCCUCGAAUUACACUGUAUAGUAUAGUAGUCACAAAGUGCGCACAUUUGUAUCCUGCCAAGUGUAUUGCAGUUCUGCUCUCAAGAUGUAUGUGGAAAUAAUGUGAGGUUUGUAUUCUAAUACGGCCAAGAAUAUGGGAUUAGCGCUAUAUAGAUUUCUUGGUUGUUGGUUUAAAAUAUUAAUUUAUCUGUAGAUAUGUUACCUGUGAAUCUAAGCCAUCUUUAAAAAAGCAUUAGUAUAAUUUAUUCUGUUUGUUAUGAAGACAUUUGUCCUGGGACAGCAGAGCUGUGUACUCCAACUCUGCCUUUUGCACGGGGGCCAAAGGCCACUGGGAGGAUGCACCCUCUUCCUCCUAUCAUGGUAAGGGGAGACCAGUCUGAACCCAUCAGCCAGUAAAGGAGCAGCUACCUCCUUGUCACAAAGAAUACUGAACAACUCUUGGUUGCUCAGGGACAGCAAAACUGUAGGAAAGUAUGGCCUAGUCUCAUCUACUGUUGGGGAACUAAUACAGAUGAGUGGGUGUUGAUUAUUUCAGUCAAUUGUAAGCCAUUGUCAAUAUUAUUUGAUCAAAUGACAGGGUGUCAAUCUUAUUGGAACAGACAAAAGUAGCAUUGGGUCUAAAUCUGGUUUGUGUGCAUGCAUAUGUAGAGUACAUAAUUAUUAGGCAAUAAGGUUUUGCAGUGGUUAUAAAGAACCACUAUGGAACAUUUGUACUGAUUGGCUCUUUGGUAUGUGACCAAAAUGGCAACAUUAGAGACAGCAGAAUAGCAUUAGAAUGGUAGGAUGGGUGGUAAGGUGAUAGUGCUUUUUCCAUUGUAGCAUUUUGAUUAUAGAAUUUUCUUCAUGGGGAGGCUUGCCUGAAAAAGAUUAAAAUCUGUUUUUGAAUUGUCAUCUUAAAUAGAUUGGAAGCUAUUGACAGUCAUUUUGAGACUGGCAAGCUUCUUCUACUUUCUUUUUGCCCAUUCUCAUUGGGAGCCUAACUACUUAAUUUUGAACCAGAUUCAUUGCUUAAAGACAGCCCCAUGUAUAUGUUGUAUAAAUGGAAUGUGACCAGAGCAUAAAUAAUUGUAAGUCUUGGCUGCCUGCUGGAAGGCAAGCAGCAGUGAGAUUAGAUUAAACUUCAUUAGGCACAAUCCAUGUUUUUGUUAGCUGAAAAAGAGGCAAGAGGGAGGGGACAGUGAGAAAGUUAAUGUGGCAGUACAUAGUCCACAAAAGUAUUAGGCUUUAACCUUUCUGUGCAACAAAAUGGAGGUAUUUUGACAAUUUUUGAAGAGAAGACUAAAUCCUUGGGGUGCAAGAUUUGCUUUUACUGUCCUGAAAUGAUCCUAGUGCCAUCAGUCCCAUCCCACCAAGCAAUAUUGCAUCACUCUGAGGGAUUUUAGUAAAAAUGUCAGCUGCUAUGAAUAACUCCAGGCAGAAGUUGUACUUUCUCCACUUCCAAAUUCUUUUCAGGGGAUUCCCUUUCCCUCCACUCACAUCCCAAUUCUACAUAGGAGCUUUCAGCUGAGCCUUACAUACUAAAGCAGGAUGGUGAAUCUUUGGCCAUCAGUUGUUGUUGGGCUCCAACUUACAUUGGUUCCAGCUAGCUGAAUUAAUGGCAGUUGUGGAUGGCAACCUUUUAAGGAUCUUAAGUAAAUGUCACUCACCCUCAUGCUUCUCAUUCACUUGGCUCCUUUCCCCUCACUCUGCCACCACCCACUAACUAUCCUGUCUUGGUUUGCAGUGGAGAUGGUGCUUAGCACUGGACAGUGCUUUGGAAAAUGCAUGCAGCUUCUUUUAUCUUUGUUCCAAUGUUUAAAAAGUCAUGCUUUUAAGACAAAGGGCAAUGCAUGCAAUCUCCUUAACACUGUCAUGUGUAACACAGUGUGUCACAAUUGUGUGCGUGUGUGCGUGUGCCUGCGGCUUCUAACAUUGGAGCUAUUGACUUUGAAGCCACAAGGGAGAAUAAGCCCAAUACAUAGUUUCUGUUGCACCGUUGUUUUGGGAAGUACUUUGGAAAUGGCAUGUAAAGUUCUAUCCUGCCUGCAUUAGAGUUGUCUGGAAUGCCAUGGGGGGCAGGAAAGUCUGAUAAUUGCAUUGUGUGCCCAGAUUUCCUAAUCCCUUGGUUCUCAAAUCAGAUGAUUGGUCAGGAUGCACAAAAGUGUCCCAAGCACCAGCAAUAUUUACACUAAAGUUAUUUUCAGAGUGAUGGCAGACGGAAGAGAUAAGAUGAGGAGAAAGAAUAAAUAGUCUCUGUUUGCAGGAAGGGUAUUGACCUGGCUCUUGUCACUUUUACUGAUAGCAUGAUUUCCCAAAUCUUUGACAGAUACAGUAAUACUAACCAGUGCAACAGAAGAAAGAAAUCUGUGGAAAUAUUGAAGAGGCUAUUUCCAUGUACUUGAUUGAUGAUGGAAAAUCUGUACCUAGUAGGGGCAGACAGUUAGAAGGAUAUAUAAAAGGCAAAAAGUUAAGGAAUAUGUCCCUUCAGUGCAAUCCUGUGAACAUCAGCCCAAAAGUAUAAGUGCCACUGAACUAAAUGGAGCUUCCCCUCAAAUAGAAAACUCUAGGGUUGCAGCCUUAGAGUCAAAUUCAAUCACCCCAUUCUACUAGCAGUGCAAACACUCCCACUGUUGCAACAGGGCUGGUACUCUCUGUAUCUUCUUUAAAUCUGCUCUGGAGGGUCAGGAGAGCCCACCCCCAAUAGAAUUCCGUGGGGAGGAGAUUGUUACCUAAGCAAUCUCCAUAAUCCUACAUAGAAUUCCCUAGUCCACUCUUAAUGUGUUGCCUGUUUCUUUGUUUUAGCAUUCUCAUGUUAAUAAGUUUCCCCAUUUGAAAGAAGACAUUUUGACCCAAACAUAAUAGUUACUUUAAUAUAGUCUUAAAGCUUGAUAAUUAUGGAUAAAAUAUUAACACUUGCAGAACUAUGCUUAGGUGUGUUGCCUUUAUACAUAUAGAUGCACUACAUUUGGUUACUUAAUUUACAUCACACUUAAGUUCAAAAUUCAAACUGGUAGAACACAGUUAUCUCCUAUUGGAGAAAAAUCUUCUCAAUUCUGUGUAUAAUUGUGUUCUGUUCUGCCAACAGCAGCUUUUAUAAAGGUGCUCUUACAUUGGGUCUGUAGCAUUCAAUCUAUGGUCCUAUUAAGCUCAACAGACUUGUAAUACUGUAUUUUUACUAUUUGGAAAUAAUGGAAUGUUUUCAAAUUCAGCUAACUUCAGAUAGGCCAGUCAAGGGAGAUAAAUGCUGUAUGAAAACUGUUUUGAUAGAUGUUUACUACAUUAUAUUUUUCCUUAUAACCUAAUAUUUACUGGUGUUUUAGUGGUGUUUUAUUGAUGCUUUACUGAAUUAAUUUUCCUUUUGCAUGUUGUAUGUUGCCUUGAUAAACAUUUACAAAAGCAGACUAAAUACAUACAUAUAUGCAUAAUUAAAAUAUAUGCUUAUGAUUUUGUGCCAUGAACUAUGCUACAUACUUGUAACUUUAUAAAUUAAAGUCUUGCAGUUUUCAAAUUAGACCCAGCUUAAAAUUAUUUGUAAACUGUUGUUUCCCAACUUUCAAAGUUGAUUUUAAUUCUGUGGAAGGAAAAAUGAAUCACUGUGUGAUAAAUGUGUUUGCCUAAUACACAUUCUUGUAUAAAGCCUCUUUUACAAGUAGUACUUGAAAAGCUAGUCAUGCAGUUUUGUUACUUGUUUGUUGGCCUAUUAAUGAGGAAGGCAUGUGAGAUGGUCCUGCUGGUAAACUGAGAGUUAGAAUCUGAGAGGAAUAAAGUGACAACAUAAAAAGUUGUAUAAUAUGCUUGCAGAAACUGUUGAAGUUAGCCUAGUCGUGUUUUUUUCACUGAUAAGAUUCACUUCUACAUUUAUGUUGAUGCUAGUUACUACUUCAUAGUUCAGUGAAACUAUGGAAGAAAAACAGUUUUGUUUCAUUCCUCAAGCUUUUCUGCAACUGCAUUCACAGUCUGACCUCCAUAAUCCUUUAGUGGAGACCAUACUACACAAUUAUCUGUACACAGAUUUACUCUUGGGUCAUAACACAAAUAUUAUUUGCAUUCACUGUCCCCAUGUCUGAUCUCUAAGGUACAAGACUCUAGAUUUGAUAGAUGUUUGAAAUGUUUCAAGAUGUUUGAGUGCUUGAAAAUGUUUUGGAAAACAGGAAGAUCUGAAAAAAUUCAUAAAAUGAAGAGGUUAUUGCUUUGUCAUGCUUUACAUGUGGACGGUCCCAGGUUAAGUCCUACACACCUCUUAGCAGUUGGCUGGGUUGGAAAGACUGACAUCUUGGAAGGUCACUGCCAGUGUGACUGUGCAGAAAGCAGUUCUCCACAGAAAACAAAUACUGGCCCUUAAGGCUAUGGUCUUUAGAUAUGCUGGUUUAUUUUCAGUAGCUUAAAAUGAUGGGUUUCCCCACAUAUAGAACAGGGGUAGGAAACUUUCAUCUAAACCCUUGUAUGAGCAUGUAUGAUGAUAUAAAAAAGAUUCACCAUUCCUGAUCUAGACCAGUAGUAUGACAUAACACCUGGGUCAGUUAUCAGGCCAGCAAAAAUACUGGCCAUAGCUUAGAAAAGCGAAAUCUGGACUCCAUCACAGUAACAAAAAUUUAAUAUGAGUGGAGUAUUGUUGAUUUAUUUGGUUUGGUGCAUCACUUCCUUUCCCAAUACUUUGAAGCUGCAUUGUGAGUCUGUCAUUCACUCAGUAAAGCAUUUGCAGUUAUUUAGGGAGGCCCACUUACAAUCUGGAAUGAUUCAUGCACAAACCACAUUGAACAGCCAUUGAAGAUCAACUAAUACAGUAAAUGAGAUGUUUUCCUUUUUUUUUAAAAAAAAGUCCAGCAUCUCUGAACUAUGGUUUCUGCGACAUCUCCUCCCCAAAAUUAAAUUACCAAUGCGGUUAUACAAACCACUAUAAAAAAAUAAAAUGAGCAUUACUAAUUGAAGUGAUAGAAGUCAAGCUGCAGAUUUGCUUCUUGCAGGCAUACUAAAUAGUUCGUUCCUUUCUGUGGGCAGCAUCUUCCAGCCACUGAGGACUUAAGGUAAUGCUACUAUAGAACUGUACAAUUGAAAAGGACCCCGAGGAUCAUAUAGCUCAAUCUCUUGCAAUGCAGGAAUCUCAACUAACAUUCAUGCAGCUGCUGGGUGACCUUGGGCUAGUCACACUUCUUUGAAGUCUCUCAGCCCCACUUACCUCACAGAAUGUUUGUUGUGGGGGAGGAAGGGAAAGGAGAAUGUUAGCCGCUUUGAGACUCCUUUGGGUAGUGAUAAAGCAGGAUAUCAAAUCCAAACUCGACCUCCUCCUUUUCUUCUUCUUCUUCUUCCUCCUCCUCUUUUUCUUCUUCUUCCUCUUCUUCUUCUUCAUGCCAGAUGGCCAUACAACCACUGCUUAAAACAUCAAAUGAAGGAGAGCUCACCACCACUGUUCCACUGUCGAACAACUCUUACCAUCAGAAAGGUCUUCCUGAAGUUUAGUUGGAAUCUCCUUUCUUGUAACUUGAAGCCAUUUCUCUAGAGCAGGAGAAAGCAAGCUUGUUCCCUCUUCCAUGUGAUAUCCACCUUAAAAUAUCUCAAGGGCUAUCAUAUCUCCUCUCAGUCUCUUUUCUUGGCUAAACAUACCCAGCUCCUUCAACCGUUCCUCAUAAGGGUUGGUUUCCAGACCCUUGAUCAUCUUGGUUGCCCUCCCCUGCACACGUUCCAGCUUGCUAAUAUCCUUUUUAAAUUGUGGUGCCCAGAACUGGACACAGUACUCCAUGUGUUGUCUGACCAAGGCAGAAUCAAGCAGGACUUCCCUUGAUCUGGACACUAUACUUCUAUUGAUACAGCCUAGAAUAGCAUUACCUCCCCCCACACCCCUUUUGCUGCUACCGCAUCACACAGUUGACUUAUGUUAAGUGUGUGGAAUUACUACGUCUUCUUUUUUAUGUUACCGUAUUUUUCCGUGUAUAAGACACCCCCUAUUUUGGGGGACUAACUUUAAAGAAAAUGAGGGGAGAUGGCCCAAAGUUGUUGAGCUUUUUUAAGGGGAAAUUACACUAGUGCCAUCACCCCAGCAGCAGGGCUGUUGCUGGAGGUUGGCAAAGUGGGCAGCCGCUCCCCCCAUGCCACUGUGAGCAGGAAGCUCCCUAGAGUGCGGGCCAUCAACCAGCUGGCUGGCACACGAAGCUUCCCCUCCACGCAGCUGUGGGAAACGCUUCUCUGAGCACGUGCCUCCCACAGUGGCAUUGGGGGAGGAAGUUGUGCACCCGCCAACCAGCUGGCUGGCAGCGCGCAGCUUCCCCCACGCCACUAUCCAUGUAUAGGACAACCCCAGUUUUUUUACAUGAUUUUUGAGUCAAAAAACCUUGUCUAAUACACGGGAAAAUGUGGUAUUUUGCUUUGGUGGUUGAUCUGUUCCAUGUCACAAUAGGCCAGGGUUAUGACAGGACAUCAGUCCUGGGUGCCAAACAAGCAAGUAAGCAAAUAAGUAAAUAAAUAGUUUUCCAUCCAUCCAAACUCACAACCUAGUUAGUCUUUACAACACUCCUGCUCUCCAAACCCUUAACUUUGCAACUGAUGUUCACAUUUAAAGGCGAACCUGCAGCUUCCACUCUGAAUCAUUUGCUGCUGUUUUGACAGCUCUUGCAAAUGUACAACUUUUGUUUGUUUGUUUCACUGAUUUCCUUGAUAUAAAAGGUAAAAAUGAAGUGUGUUUCAUUUUCACUUAGAAAAUGUGAAUAAGGCCCAUGGAACUACUGGAAAUGUGAUGGAAAUACGGUAAUAUGUUUAACCAGACAAGUGUGUAUUUGUUUUAAAGAUACACAUAAAUAUGCACACUAAUAAACAAGUCAAUAUAACAGAAUAACAUUGUCACAUUCAGGAAAUUUACAUGCAAAGAUAGCGGAGAGGAGCAGAAGAUUCACUUCCAUAAUAAUCAAGGAUAUGGCAAGGUAAAAGUCAAGUUUAUGUCAACAAAAUUUUACCGAAGGAAUCCUAGGACACUUUGGCUUAAUGCCCUCCAUAGGCAAAUUAAUACAUGAGAUGAAAGAAAUCCAAACUGCUUUAAAUGCUUCAGGUUAUUGCCAGUUUUGUAUAUAUAACUUUGUGGCUUGUAAGUAACCAUGUCUGGGAGGAAGGAAAAGAACCGCAACAAAUACGCUGGGUAGUCUGUUGCUAAUGCUGAAGUGGUUGAUAUGGAAACGGCACUCAAAACAGUAGAGGCAUGUAAUAGCCAUGAAGACAGAUAAAGCCCACAAGAGAGCCAAAGCCCACAGAAUGCACAAUGAAACGCUGCAUUUAGCCUGACACCAUGUUAAGGCCAUCAUGCUUUACAAUAUCCACCCCCUAACAACAACAAAAAAAACCCAAGAAGUUGAGUAUUUCUGAUUUUAUUGGUGGCAUUUCUUCCUGGUUGUAUCCUCACAACUUUGUUGACUUGUUUCCUGGCCUGUAUUUGGCAACUUGUGUCUCUCUGUGUGUGUUUAUCAGUGAUGUAGAACAUCACACUAGUUCAGAGUUUUGCCUUCACCUUGUGUGUCAUUUUACUUGUGGGUGUGUUUAAACUUCUACAGAAGACAAAGGUGUACUUUGUGUCUUAGGUCUUACAUAUUAUGUGGGUUGCUACUUUCAUUUGCAUUUCGUCUAGGAUUAGCCAGAAACAAGAACAUACCUCCACAUUCAGUUGUGGAAGACGUAAGCAGUGUGUAAUAUUACCUUAAAGUUUUCCGUUGUUUAUCACCCUCCCCUUCUUCUUGUUGCCUUCAUACUGGGGGCAGGUGCUUUAGUAAUGCAGGAAGGAAUCAACUUGUAGACUGUUUUCCCCACUCACCAAAGAGUCCAGUAACAGUAAAAGCUGGAUGAGAGAUGAGACAAUGAAUUAGAGGGCAAUUAAAACAUAGACAUUUUACAAUGUUAAUACUUCUUUGUAGAGUCUGUUGAAGAUGGGGAAGUGCUCAUAAAGUUAUAUAAAUUGGAACAAGUAAAACAACUGACCAUAAUUUUGUUUCAAUGUAUUUUCCAGGCUCAGAACAAAGAAACAAAUGUGCUUGCUGCUGCAAAGGUGAUUGAUACUAAAUCUGAGGAAGAACUUGAAGACUACAUGGUUGAAAUUGAUAUCCUAGCAUCCUGUGAUCAUCCUAACAUUGUCAAACUUCUAGAUGCCUUUUAUUAUGAAAACAACCUUUGGGUAGGUAUUUGCUGUUGUUCAGAGCCUGUACUUUAGGAGAAGAUGUGAAAUUACAGUGUCUUUAUGACUUGACAAAACAAUACUUCAGUACAAUAUGGGUGUUUAAUUAGUACUUUUUGUUUGCAUAUGUACAGUUUGUUGACAGUGGAGGAAAGGGUGCUUAAACCUUCUGGAGUGUAACUUUAGACCUAAAUAUGCUUGCUGUUAAGGCAAAAGCUUUUGCUAGAGAUCUCAAUUUAUAAAAUAAGAUAUUUUACUUUAAAUUUAUAUAUUUAUUUAAGAGUACUUAUAUCUUGCCCUUUCAUUGUAAAAAUCUUUAUGCUCUCAAAUGUGAUGGAUUGGGCUUUUAUUUUUGCCAGCCUAGGUGAAAGGAACAGAUCAUUUUCACCAACUGACAGGUGGGCGGGUAGCGCUGUGGUCUAAACCACUGAGCCUAGGGCUCGCCAAUCGGAAGGCUGGCGGUUUGAAUCCCUGUGACGGGGUGAGCUCCCGUUGUUUGGUCCCAGCUCCUGCCCACCUAGCAGUUUGAAAGCACGUCAAGUGCAAGUAGAUAAAUAGGUACCGCUCAAGGGGGAAGGUAAACAGUGUUUCCGUGCACUCCUCUGGUUCAUCAGAAGCGGCUUAGUCAUGCUGGCCACAUGACCUGGAAGCUGUACGCCAGCUCCCUCGGCCAGUAAAGCGAGAUGAGCACCACAACCCCAGAGUUAUCCGCGGCUGGACUUAAUGGUCAGGGGUCCCCUUUACCCCCCUAAGUGGAGGAGAGAUACAAAGAGAGACAGGGAGGAGCCUGACCCACACUAGGAAGGCCACACUUUGUUUACUGUGGCUUACUACAUUCAGAAAAUCAUGGGGGUAUAAGCCUCAAUCCUGGGUUUCCAGAAUUUUCAUGGAAUUUCCCCCCUCCAAAGUCUGUUGCCUUCUUAAAAUUUUAGCUAAUGGGGGAGUUGCAUAUUAUAAGGUCAGUUUGUUAAAUCUUAGAAUUCUAGACCAGUAGGGGAGGGGUGUGAGACCUAGAGAAAGUCCUGAGGACCAGAUAAGAGGCUUGUAGGGUCACAUUCAGCUGGUGAGCCUGAGGUUCCCCACCCUGGUAUAGACUGUUCUGCCCAUAAGCACUGCUCAAUUUGAUUUAAGCAUAUAGCCUCCCUAGAAAGAGUGUUUGAGGGUUAGGCAGGGACAGGAAUUGCAGUGUUUUUCAUUGUGUGCCCACACAUCGUAACAGUAACAAAAUGCUAGGUUUUCUAUUGCUGCUGCUUGCUAAAUAUCAGAUACAGAGUUUUUCAUUUCUAUAACUGAAAACAAGCAAUAUGACCAGUAAAAGCCUGCCAUCUUUUGUCAUCAACAAACAUUCACAACCCAAAGAGGAAAGGAGAGAGUGACUGAUUAGUCAAACAUCAGAAGCCUAAAAAUGUUGAUACACUUGGGAUGGAUCUAGACACAUCAAAGAAGUGUUUCAGUUAAAUGUAUUGUAAAUUUAAACAGGGAAAACAGGUAGAGAAAAGUGGGACUCCAUGGUGCCAUCUGGUGCCACAAUGUUAUGUUGCAUAUAUAACACAGAAAAUAGCUUUUUCUUUACCCAUCUAGCUGAGUCCUUGGUUAGGGGAGUUUUGAUUUAUCUCCUAUGCUCUGACUAGCCAAAGUUAAAUCUCAAUACUUGGAUGAUUAAAAAUAGAUUAUUUUAAUUUUUAUAUGCAGAUCCUGAUUGAAUUCUGUGCUGGUGGUGCUGUAGAUGCUGUAAUGUUGGGCAAGUACAAUAUUAUGUUUUGCAAAAGAAAGCUACAAUUUUGCAUAUUAACAGUUUGGUUAUACUGUGUACCAAAAUAUGUCUGUCUGUGUCUGUAUCUAUCUAUCUAUCUAUCUAUCUAUCUAUUUUCUGCACUGCCCUUCAUCUGAGGAUCAUGGGGUGGUUUACAAUAUAAAAACACAAAAAUACAUAACAUAGAAACAAACAAUAACAAUAACCACACCACACACAGUUUAAAAGGCCACAGAUUGUUUAAUUAGCAAAAGGACUGGGAGAAGGGGAAUGUUUUGCCUGGUGCCGAAAGGUAUGUAACAAAGGCACUAGGUGAGCCUUCCUCCACAAGCAGGGAGCCGCUGCAGAAAAGGCCCGCUAUGUGUUGCCACCCUUCAGACCUCUCAUGGAAGAAGCACACAAAGAAGGGCCUCAAAUGAGGAUUGCAGGGUUCAGGUUGGUUGAUUUGGGGACGGGCGGCCCUUGUGAUUAAAAUCGUUUGUAUACAUUUAACACAAAAAACACUACUUACCAAAUCUAUCCUAGGAAUUAAUUUAGUAGUUAAAAUCCUUCUAAAAUAAAAAGCUUUUGUCACUCCUAAGAAAGGCCUUAAGGGAAAAGCAGUUUCUGAUCUCACUAAAGGAGUUCAUUUCAAGACCUCUUGAAAACCACAGUAAAAACCCCCAAAGAGUGUUACUUCAUCCUAAUUACCAGGGCAGCAGGACUUCUUGAACUUCACCAAUAGGCCAUUCUUAUCUCUCAUUUUAGCUUUGAUGAGAAAGCUGGAGCCCAGAAUAAUUUAUGGAACUUUAAUAGUACUGUACCUUCUGCAGCACCUCCCUUUUUUCACUCUCAGCCACCUCCAUUUUGACUAGUAUAUAAGAUAAAAGAAUUCAGGUGUAAAAGAAAGUGUGUUGGCAGUUCUGAUUUGUGAGAAAUGUGCUCCAGAUAAAAAAAUAAUUUGGAAAAGAGUGGGGCAUAUUUUUUCACAGUGUAGGAAUUCUGCUAAUUUUUAGAAUUUUGUUAUGCUUGAAUCUGAUUGAAUUUGAACAUCUUAAACAAAAAAAUCUCAAAGGUAUUUUAUGAGUGCUGUAGCAGCACUUUGAAUCUUGGAAGAAACUGAUUGCUCACCACAGAAUAUGGGGAUCCCUUGAUCCUCCAAAUGUUGCUGAAUUAUCCAUCAUUGGCUAUUGAUCAUUCUUGCUGGGGAUGAUGGGAGUUGUGGUUCAGCAACAUUGGGGGGUGAGGGGUAGAGGUUGCCCAUGCCUGGUUUAAUAUAUUUUCUGGACACAUUUUAUAUAUAAGAAUAUCUAUAGUUAAACUGUUUUAUUUUAAUGUAUUUAGUACACACAAGUAUCAUGAUUCAGCAAUGCUGCAAAAUGAAAAACAAGACAGCAUUUGAACUAUUGUGGAUAUAAAUAUCUAUGACAUAGCUUUUACAUUAAAACAAAGAAAACAGGUUCCACUGCUUAGUGUUGCAAGACUUUUAUUUUAGCUCUCUGUUUCUGAAAUACUCCUUCAGGAAUUUGAAAAGCUUGCAAGUACUUUAAGGUACUUGUUUGGAAAGCCUGAACUUAACAACCAACUUUGAACAGGUUUAUUCUCUCUGUGUCUGGAAUGAAUAGCUAGGGUGAUAAUUUCAGGAGCUUGCAAGUUUUUCAAGUUCCUGAAGGACUAUUCAUUCCAAAACACAUAGAACUAUAACAAAAGUCAUGUGACCAGUAAGCAUCAGAGCCUGUUCUCAUUUUUGUUUUGAUUCUUCGUUUUGAUUCUUCGUGGUGCUUCUUUAUAUUUCUUCACACUGUGGCUUCUACAUUAGCUUUCUCCAACCUCGUACCCUCCUAAUGUGUUGAACUACAAGUUGUUCACUCCAGUGGCCAAGGUGACUGGGGGAAUGAUAAGAGCUGUAGUCAAACACAUAUAAUCAACACUAGGUUGGAGAAUCCCGUUCUGUUUGAUCAGCUUUUAAGACUUAUCAGGUUGAAGCAAAUGUUAAUUAAAGAAUGUGAAUCAAUGCAAUCUGCAAAUGAUGGUUUUUAUAUUUUGAGAGUAUGCUUUUCUUGUAGAACUUGAGAGGCCACUAACCGAGCCACAGAUCAGGGUAGUUUGCAGGCAGACACUUGAGGCGCUGCACUAUCUGCAUGAAAAUAAGAUCAUUCAUCGAGAUCUAAAAGCUGGCAAUAUUCUUUUCACAUUGGAUGGAGACAUUAAGCUAGGUGAGUAUUCCUCUUUUAAAAAAUUAACUUGGAUGAAAAGAGAUUUCAUGAUGUAUUAUUUUCCAGCUGGUAUAAGUAAGUUUUGUUGACCUGGAAAAUAAACAAUUUAAGUAAUUACAGUGGUACCUCAGGUUAAGUACAGUGGUGCCUCGCAAGACGAAAUUAAUUCGUUCUGCGAGUUUUUUCGUCUUGCGAAUUUUUCGUCUUGCGAAGCACGGCUUCAAAUAUCACCAAAGUCUUCAAAAACCUCAAAAAAGGCUACCACACCGCGUUCUAUGAGUUGCUUCUCGAAGUCAAGUCGCAACUGCACCUCUUCAAGCAAUGCACCCUGGGUGUUAACGGUUUUAAGAAAAAGGAAACAAACUUGCAACUUUUUCGUCUUGCGAAGCAAGCCCAUAGGGAAAUUCGUCUUGCGAAGCAACUCAAAAAACGAAAAACUCUUUCGUCUUGCGAGUUUUUCGUCUUGCAAGGCAUUCGUCUUGUGAGGUACCACUGUACUUAAUUUGUUCCAGAAGUCCGUUCUUAACCUGAAACUUUUCUUAACCUGAAGCACCACUUUAGCUAAUGGGGCCUCCUGCUGCUGCCGCGCUGCUGGAGCCCGAUUUCUGUUCUUAUCCUGAAGCAAAGUUCUUAACCUGAAGCACUAUUUCUGGGUUAGCGGAGUGUGUAACCUGAAGCGUAUGUAACCCGAGGUACCACUGUAUUGUAAUUACACUUGACAAAUUUCCUUUGGAUUUCAGAGUGAAUGGGUGGGCCUAUUGUAAUACUUCUACUGAAUACUUAAUGUUUCUUAAAGCCCGACCUGGUAUGUUUUUUGGGACACACAUAGAAACACUUUAAAAUGCCUGUACUUGUUCAGAUAAAUGAUCUACAUAGUUAGACCAUUUCUUUGUAUUGUACUGACCUACCAAAUGCUUGGGGAAGAUUAUAAUCAAGGCAUGCUAUCAAUAUUCAUUGUCUGUUUUUAAACCCCAGCAUCUAGCAGUCACAGAUAAGGUUCAAUCAUAUGCUACCCUUACAAUGUGGCUGUUGCUUCUGCAUGGUCAGUUGCCAUGCCAAGAAACCCCAUCAUAAUCGGCUAAGGUUUUCAUGUGGGAAAAUAAAAAUGCCAGCUGUCCACUGAAUGGGAUUCCUUGAAUGGUCAGAAGCAACAACCACUGAGAUAAUAUGAAUGGCAUGCCUCUGAAUACCAGUUGCUGGGAAUCACAAGUCAAGUGAGGAGAGCACUGUUACACUCAGUCUCUGUUUGCAGGUUUCUCGUAGGCAUCUGGUUGGCCGUUGUAAGAUGAAAAUGCUGUACUACAUGGGUCUUUGGGCUUAAUCCAGCAGGACUGUUAUGUCCUUAUAGGAGCAAUAUAUUUUUAAUCCAACUCUUAAACAAUUGUUUGUACUUGGCUUUCAAUACAUACUGUGGAGUGGAGUCAAUAUGUAAAUUAUGCAUUGAAUGCCGAAGUACUUACUUUAGUCUUAAGAAAUAAGAUGUGCCUAUUGAGUUCCAGCAUUUUGAAUAUUUGUACCAGCAAGCAAAUGCCUUCCGUUGUGCUGUAAUUUGUUUUAUUGGAUUAUUAGGCUCCUUUAAGAUUAUUAUAUAUAGCUUUAUUUCAUUCUCACAAGAAAUCUUUAAAAAUAGUUUGAGCUUAGAUCUUCAGGGCAGUGUCUGCCUUUCACUCCUGCUUUUUGUGGUGGCUUCUUACUGUUUGGUCAUAACUUAGCCCAUUAAGGUGUUUAAAGGCCGUUUUAGGAAAUCCACAUGAAUGUGUGGGGAUUAAGGAAUGGACAUACAUUUCUUUUCUUCCCAGAUUGAAACUAUUGACUUAAACUGAGGAACAGCUUCCUCCUCAACUCCGUUUACUAUUUGCAUCUUUAGGCAGAACGUUUCAGUAUUGGCAAACUGACUUCUUACACUCAUAGGGCCAGAUUAAACUACAGUGGUACCUGUUAACGAACGCUUCGGACAACAAACUCUGCAAUACCGGAAGUAGGUCUCAUUAGGGAAAGCGCGUGCCUCAGUUUAAGAAUGCUUUGGUCUAAGAACGGACCUCCAGAACGGAUUAAGUUCGUAACCCAAGGUACCACUGUAGUCCAGUUUAUAAGGAGAAGUCAGCACAAGGACUCCGGCUAAUGCAGCAGGGCUCUCCUUCCCCCACAUAUCUCCAAGCCUUCCCCAAAUCCACUGUGGAGGUUUGGGAGAAUACCCAGAAUAACCCAGGGUGGAAGGAAGGGAAAAUAAUUACAUCGGGCAAGCAGAUUUCCAUCAAAAUUCCUAAAUAUUUUUCUAACCGCGUACUGUGAAGUAGCCCAUUUCCAUUGUGUGGCUUCAGGUGGAACUGCACUGUUGUGUUACAUUUUACUAAGCAUUCAUGAUGUUAGUGGGGACAACAGCUUAGUGCUUAUUGGGGAUACUCAUCUUUGCUACCGGUAAUUUGUAGAAUGAAUUCCCUUCAUAUUUCUAUUGAUGUGGACUUUUAUGCCCCUUUUCCUCUGAAUUUUAUAUCAAAAUAUUAAACGAUAUAAACAAUUAAAAUGCAUAACUAUAUUAGUUAAGUGUUCACAGAGCAUAUUGGUUAUUCCAUUAUAAAUAUUAACUUUUACAAACCUCAUCCAUUUUUCUGUCUUCUUGAACCCCAAGAAAAUCAAUCAUUGUCAUUAUAGUAACAUUCAAUGAUUUAUAAAACCAAUGCAAAUAUACAUGAUUAAAGUGAUUCUUUUGGCAAAGAGUGCCCAGGAAGCUCAAUAUUAUUGGAGGUACAAGCUUCCAGAUUGGGAGUUCAGCCUGAAGUGAAAAGAAGUCAUGCCCCUACCUGUGCCUCACUUGUCACAGAUCUACUCACUAGGUUAACCUAUUCUCUCAUUACUCAUGAGCUUAAUCCCUUCUCUAUUAAUUCAUAUAUUUUUUGUUGUAAACCUGUUGAAUAUUCUUUACUAAUGAGUGGUGUCAUACAUGUUUUUACAUAAAUGACACUGUUUGAAGUAAAAGUGUAUAUGGUAUGAGUGACCGUAAUUUUUUCUCCUCAUUUGUUUGAAGCGGAUUUUGGAGUGUCUGCUAAAAAUACAAGGACAAUACAGAGACGAGAUUCUUUCAUUGGUACUCCAUAUUGGUAUGUGUGCAAUUUUUGUACUGUUUUAUGCUGAGUGCAGCAUACUGCAUUUUAUAUACAAUUUUCUAUUUUAAAAAAUCAAGUAUAGUAAACAAAAUGAUGUUGUUUUGUUGGUGCAUUUACUGGUUUUAUUAACCUUAAUUUAUAUGUAAGAUUAGUCAUGCUCUGACCCAUUGGAAUCAAUGGUUUAAAGUAAUUUAUAUACAUUUAUUUCAGUGGCUCUACUCUGAUGAUGUUGGUUAUUUCCAUUUAACUUGGUUAGAUAUUGCCCUUUGGGUAUAUUUCUUUUCGUGGUUGGAAAUACCACUUAUUACAGAUAAUAGAUCUUAAAAAUCUUUUCUUUUUUGCUUUCUAUCCCAGGAUGGCUCCUGAAGUAGUAAUGUGUGAGACCUCUAAAGACAGGCCUUAUGAUUACAAGGCUGAUGUUUGGUCUUUAGGUGUCACUUUAAUAGAAAUGGCUGAAAUAGAACCACCUCAUCAUGAAUUGAAUCCAAUGCGUGUUCUGCUGAAAAUAGCAAAGUCGGAACCACCAUCGUUGGCACAACCUUCAAAAUGGUGAUUAUUCUGGUAUAUUUAUGGUAUUUUAUGGUAUAUUUUUAUUUUUAUUUUUCAAGAAUAAUACCUAGGUACAGAAUAAUAAAGCUGUCUUAAUUUUUAAGAUUGUAAGUUGCCCCCCCCCCAAAAAAAAAGCACACUUAAGCCUCAAGAGUUAAAUGUUGUUUUCCCCCAGAAGCAAAUAGGCAUCUCAAGCUUAGCUGGAUAUCAAUUAGGCUAGCUUUCAGUUAAAUAUAGGUGUACAUCACUGAAGAAGAAUUAGCUUGGCUCAAGAUGAGGAUGCAGAUAGUGGUGCUAUGGAAAGAAAAUAGUACAAUAGUCUUGGACAUCAAUCUUCAUUAAAAUGAUUUGAAGUAUCAUCUUCUUCUUUGGUGAUCACUCGUAGCCGAGUAACAUUGUCUUCCAUAAACACAAUUUUAACUAUGAGUCCGUAAGUGACUGUGGAGGCCAGUUCUGGAUCCACACGUCCUUCCACAGUUGGGGACAUUGGUUUCCGGGCGGGAGGUGAUCACAUUGUGGAUUUGCCAAGCGUGCCUUCCUCUUAGCACGUUUCUCGUAUAAUAGCUUAUUAACAGUUUACUGUGGAACUUACGAGAGGUAGUGGGCAAGAAGUAGACAGUACUGAAAUUAUUUUUAUCUGACAGUCAUUAGAUACUUCUGAUGAUAAGGAUGUCAUCACUCAAUUUGUAUGUAGUACUGAAAGUGUAGCAUUUAUUGAGUUCAGCUUCUUUUAUGCAGGUCUGCUGACUUCAAAGACUUCUUAAGGAAAUGUUUGGAAAAAAAUGUAGAUGCCAGGUGGAACACUGCUGAGCUUCUACAGGUAGGAAGAACGAAGUGUCUAUUGAGUCAUGAUAUUUUAUUGAGUGCAUUUAUAUAAAUAAUUUAAAACAGAAACUAUUUUAAAAGUCUGCUAAAUUUUCAAUCUUUGUAUGUUUAAACUUUAUUUAGAACGUUCCCAUUUCCAUUGGUCACCAGAGAGUUAGGAGUCGGCACCAACUGGUUAAUACCCCACUUUUCUAGCCAGAGAAUGAUAAAAGCAGCAAAUAACUUGUGUUUUAAAAACUGCAGUGCUUGCAAUAGAAAAUACUAAAAGCAACAUAAAAUAAAUAAAAUACCAGUUUUCCAGGAGCCAUAUGCUAGUGACAAACAGGGCAACUCUACACUCUUUUGCAAACGUUCAUAUACAUACACCGUAGAUACAUCCAACAUGCACCACAGAGGCACACAGACAAGUAUACCCACACAACCUUUCCCAGUCAGCAGGAUGGAAUGAAAGGAAUACUGUGAGGAAAUUUUAAAACUAUCCUCCCUGCAGUCUCUGUCCCCCAUCCCCAAACUCAGCUGAUCAGAAAGCAGCUAAGCACAAGCAAAGAGGGCUCUGCUUGGGUUCCUUAAACUUUUCCAACAUGAAGGGCAAGGAAAGCCUUUUCAGCCAUCACUUUGAGCAGUGCUCUCCCACCUCCCCUUUCAGCUGCUCCUCAAAGCAGCAGUUCCAAAAGAUGACAUGUCCGCAAUCCCCUUUGGACUGCUCCCAAGGAAGGGGGGUGGUGAGACACUGGGGGCUAGUCCAAACGGCUAUGCUUUGGAUUUUAAAAGUAGCUGGUAAUGUAGGCAUGCAGAUCUUUAGAAGAGGGCAUUGGGGAAGUGAGUGAAUAGCAUGCACCCAUUGGUGCUGUUACUCUUCUCCUUUACCACUGGUAUUAUCAUGAGAAGCUCUCAUGUCUAAAGGAGCUUGAGAAUUUAAAGAGCACUUGGAUGGUUCUAGGGAGAAGACAGACAUUCUGACAAAAGUAUAUCCAGACCUUGGUUAUACAUAGGUCCUCUGGAUUCCAGACCUUGCUUAUUACUGCCUGGUAUUUCAGAAGCUGCAGUCUCCUUCAUAGUUUACAAGGAGCUAACCUAAAUAAAUGUAAUAGGAUGAAUAUGACUUGGUUUCAUGUUACUUCAUUCAUGUUCCCAUCUAAAAUACAUUAGAUUUAAAAAUAAAGACUUCUGAAAUGGGGCCAGGCAAAGAUAAUCUGCCAGAGAAACACUCUUAGCUUCAGCCUUACUAUAUUUCAAAUAAAUAAAUGUAAAUGAUCUUAGACAUGAAAAUAGAAGAACAGAUAGCACAGAAAAAAGUUGUAAGCAGUAUAAAUUUUCCUUUAAGUGUUCUAUUUUUUAUUUUGAGUUGGAUACAAAACAGACCAUAACCUGGCCGUAAGUGAUAAAAUAUGUUGCUAUUAAAUGGUUUUUAAUUUUGAUUAACUGAUAUUAUGCCUUUUUAAACAGCAUCCAUUUGUUACUGUAACUUCUAAUAAACCAGUCAGAGAACUGAUUGCAGAAGCAAAGGCUGAAGUUACAGAGGAAGUAGAAGAUGGGAAAGAGGAGGAAGAAGAGGAAGAAACGGAAAAUUCUCUGGUAAGUUAAAAUAAAUAUAUAAAAAAUAUUUUAACUUGUGCUGCAGUUUACAGCUAUGAAUUGUAUUCAUUUCCAUUGAUCUUUCAUGUAAUUGAGCUUAGGGAUACAAUGCUAAUUGCCUUUUAUAAGAUGUACUGACACGCUUUCUGUUGCAUAACACACAAUUUUCUUUAAGAUGCCAUUGUAAAAUGCAAAGUAAGUAAAUGUAAGCUUCCUUAGGAUGCCAUGGAACUGUUUCCAUGGUCAGAGAAGGGAGAGCCGCAGUCAAAGGCCCCUUUGUGGCAGAAGAAAUCUCUGUUGCCAUUAGUCCUCUCUAGUUAGUGUUCCAGCAGGAGGAGGACCAUGGGAUCCUCCCAUUCCUCCAGCAUGUCCCAGAUAAGAUAAAACCUCUGCCAGCUCUGGAGUCAGUGGUUACUUCUCCCCCUCCUAUCAGUACAGUAAAUUAGGAAAAUCCAAAGUAGGGAGGCAAAAGGAACAGGUCACUUCUGCCUUGUAAUCACCAUUAAAUUCUCCAUUGGUUGAUAUAAAACUUUGAUAGCAUUGUUUCCUUAUUACUGCAUUGUAUAGCUAAUCAGUUUUUUGUGUGUCUAUUUUAGCAGUUACCUGCAAGUAAACGAGCCUCAUCUGACCUCAGCAUUGCCAGCUCCGAAGAGGAUAAACUUUCACAGAAUGCCAGUAUUCUGGAAUCUGUUUCUGAAAAAACAGAGCGUUCAUCCACAGAACAAAAUAGUACUAGUGCACCUGAAGGUGAAAAAACAAGUGUGACUCCUGACAAAAAUGAAAAGGAGAAAUACACUGCAAGCACAAGUGGCACCAUACAAGAAGACACUGAAAAACUGAAGAAUGGAUCUGCAGUUCUCCAUGAAGAUGAGGAAGCGAAGAAGACUGAGAAGACAAUUGAAAAUUCAAGAUUAAGUGAAAACACAGAGUCACAGAAAGAGGAAAAGGAGAUUGGCACAGUAGUAUCUGAAACUAACGUUGAGCCCAGUCUAAAAACAGAGGAAGGAAAGGACUUCACAAAUGAAUCAGCGGUUGAAAACAAACAAGAAACAAUUCCUGAUGAUGGAGGCAGCAGUGCAGAAAUUACAGAUGCAGUCUCUAAAGCAGCUGAUGUGACAGAAGAAAGUACCACAAACCUCCAAGAAAAUGAAAUGGAAGAGGCAAAGCCUACCGAAGGAAUUAAAGAGGUUGAGGAAUUGCAAGGGGAUGACAAAUGUAAAGAGGGUGAUCUGAAAGAGGCCGAAAGUCAGAAAAAUGAAGUUACUGCAGGUACUGAAGAAUCACAGGCGAAGGUCAUAGCUGAGACAGCUGAUGAACCACAGAAGCAAAUAAAAGAAGGUACCAGUAGUCCACAAGAGAUUGACAGUACUGGCAACAAUCUGGUCACUGAUGUAGAUAAAGUGCUUGAAAAUGCUCAGGAGCCAGCAGAGUGCCUGGCAGAGGAUGCUUCUGAGAAAGUCUCAGAAAUGGGGAAAAUGGUAGAUUCUAAUCAGCAGUUAGUUGAGGGAUACAAUGACGAGUCAAAGAAGACAAGCAGCACAAAGGAAACGGAGGUCAGUGUUUCAGAAAGAGCAGACAACAUUGAGCAUAAGCCAGCAGACAAAAAACAUACUGAAGAGGCAAGAACUGAGGAAAGCAGUAUUGCACCAGGGGUUAAAAUUGCAGAACCUGAACAUAAAUUAGAAAAGAGAGCUGAGGAGAAGCAUGCGAAUAAUAUACAUAUGGACACAGACCGACCAGCAGUUUCCAGUGGCUUGCCAGUUGAAAAUAAGCUUGAAGAUUCUGCAGCCAAGCAGAUGCAUGAACAUGAGGUGUCUCCGGUACCCAAUAUUAGCAUUAGCUCUGCAGAAAAUGAGGCAGAAGAUAAAUCUGGCAAUCAGGAUAGUGUUGAAAACUCGCAUCAUGUUGAUUCUGAAAGCGCUAAAGAAAAUGACACAGAUUCAGGCAGAGGUUCCACUGCUGACAACAGCAGCAUUGAUUUGAACUUGUCCAUUUCCAGUUUCCUCACUAAAAACAAGGAGAGUGGAUCAAUAUCUUUACAAGUAAGAGUCAACAAUUCUAUUAGUAACAUAGAGAUACAGAUCAGGGUAGCUAGCUUGCAGCCCAUGCACUGGAUUUGCCCCAUCAACCCAUAGGAAGUGGCUCACUAGCCUCCACAGCUUGUCUCUGAAUCUGAUCAGGAGAUAAAAUUUCUCUACCUGUUCUUUCAAUAGGAUCUUAAAGGUAUGAGAUAAAAGCAGAAAAUUUGGGAUUCUGUCUCCAUUCUAAGCCCAAGACUAAGAUCAGAGAUGAAGCUCUCUGCCUGCUUUUUAAGAACAAAAGGCAGCAUAUUCCUCCACUCCAGCACAGGAGUAGGUGCAAAAUAAAAGGCUGGGUUUCCAACCUUUACUACACCAGUGCUGCAAUAAGAAAGUCUGGAAAUACUGGGUGUUUAUGUGUGUGUAAGAGAAAGAGAGAAUUGUGUAUAGAACUGGUGAGCAUGGUAUGUGUACAUAUGUGGUGGUGCAUGUGUGUUUGGUCCAUAUGUGAGCUGUAUGGUAGUGCAUGUGUAUACCAUGACCCUCAGAGGGGUAGUUAAAUAUCAAUGUGGCCCUUGAGCAAAAAAAUGUUAGCUAGCCUUAAUAUAGGCAGUGUGUAACAUACACACUAGAGGGAUGCGGGAUGGCGCUGUGGGUUAAACCACAGAGCCUAGGGCUUGCUGAUCGGAAGGUUGGCGAUUCAAAUCCCCACGACGGGGUGAGCUCUCGUUGUUCAGUCCCAGCUCCUGCCCACCUAGCAGUUCGAAAGCAUGUCAAAGUGCAAGUAGAUAAAUAGGUACCGCUCCGGCAGGAAGGUAAACGGCAUUUCCGUGUGCUGCUCUGGUUUGCCAGAAGCGGCUUAGUCAUGCUGGCCCCAUGACCCAGAAGCUGUCUGCAAACAAACGCCGGCUCCCUUGGCCUAUAGAGUGAGAUGAGUGCACAACCUCAGAGUCGUCCACAACUGGACCUAACGGUCAGGGGUACCUUUACAUUUUUAACAUACACACUAUAUAAUAUAUUUUAUGUUUAUAGCUAGAUAUCUGUCUAUAAAUUAAAGUGAAGGUUCCUGAAUUCAUGCAGAAUAAGAAUUUUAAGGCUGUCACCUUAGAUGUCCAUAGUAGAGAGUAAAUUACAUUGAAAUUAUAAGUAUAUACUUCUGAAUUAACAGCUUGAAAAUAGGUUUGAAUUAUCUUUCUGUUCUUGGUUACUUUUGUAAAAGUGAAGGUGGAUUGCAUAUGUAGCAGUUAUUCAGAUGAUUACUUCAGUCUUGUCUGUAUAUUCAGUAGUAUACUGGUCCAAAAUGGCCAGUUGAAGAAAUGAAUUCCUCUUUAAGAACAUGCCUCAUAGCAAACUUGAGUCCAUCUUUGCCCAUCUUGUGAAAAGAAACAGAAUUAAAUAAAGAAAUUUAGUAUCUAAUUCUGUUGAUUGGAAACUGAAAUCUUUGAACUUGCAGGCUUUGGGUUCUUUCAAAAAUAAGUAAAGGUUGGACAGGUAUGCUUUAUGCAGCACAGAAAUAAUGCAUGAUCUUUUAUUCAGGAAACUAAAAGACACAAGAAAACAUUAAAGAAAACUCGCAAAUUUGUUGUUGAUGGUGUGGAAGUAAGUGUGACUACCUCUAAAAUUGUAACAGAAAGUGAUUCUAAAAGUGAAGAAUUACGAUAUCUUCGGUGAGUUUGAAAAUAUCCAUUCUUAAUGACAGAGGAUUUCUUCUCUGAAUUAAAACAACUUUUCUCAUGCUUGUUUUUAAUAACUUACUGUGGUUUGAUUAUAUUUAACAAAAUUCAUGUUGUCCUUUUGAAUAACGUAUGAAUCAAUCCAGACCAUGAUAUCAUCAUCUGAGGCCCUUCUUUGUGUGCCUUCUCUAUGAGAGGUCUGGCGGGUAACAACACAAGAAUGGGCCUUUUCUGUGGUGGCUCCCUGGUUGUGGAAUUCUCUCCCCAUCUCUUACAUGGCACCUUCAUUACAUAUUUUUAGAUGCCAGGCAAAAACAUUUCUCUUCUCCCAGGCCUUUGUCUAAUUAAACAAUCUAUGGCCCAGUAGGGGAGUAUUGUUUUUUUUGUUACUAUGUUGUGCAUUUUUGUGUUUUUAUACUGUAAACUGCCCUGUAAUCCUCGGAUGAAGGACAGUAUAGAAAUUUAAUAAAUAAUAUAUUAAAUGCAGAUGUUCAUUUCUGCACAGCCCCCCAAUGCAUUUAUACUGUACACUGAUGCAGAAUUCUGAACUUAGUCUGUUUCUUUCUCCCCUGCAAUACUGCUUCCAUUCUCCUUACUACCAGGCGUCAAGAAUUAAGAGAGUUACGACUUCUACAAAAAGAAGAGCAGCGAGCUCAACAGCAGCUUAGUAAUAAACUUUUACAACAAAGAGAACAGAUGUUCAGGCGCUUUGAACAAGAAAUGACGGUAAGGUUUGAUUUCUUUUCACCCACAUUUUGCAGGCCCCUUAUUUUGAGUUAAUUUACUUAAUGUAAGCAGCCUAGAAGUCAUUCUGGGUAUAUCCUUGCCCUUGUUGCCACAUUUCAUCUUAUGUAUUAUGAAGGAAACUUGCAUACCAAAAGCCUUAACUGAACUGCAAACUACUGCUAUGGUAGCCCUGCAUGUAGUCACUGGCUGCCAACGGUGGAAAAGGCAGUGAAGCGCUGCAUUGUUUAGCUUGAGAGUGUCUUGUUAAGGCAUGGUCAGUACUAGAAUUGGCAGAAUGUGGCCACUUCUUACCCUUGAAGGUUAGAAACAUUUAUUUUCUACUUGUAGGUAGUGAAUGCAGCUUUCCAGGAUUGCUAUACAGAAGAGGAAGCUGUUGCAUACUUUGACAACUGUAGAAAAUAUCUCAAAAUUAUUUCAGAGGCCCAGUUCAUGAUCUUUGCCUUUCUGUAGUAGACUGUGGUAACCAAAACACUGUGAUCUUCUAACCCAUGUGCAAUCCUUUUUUCCUUUCAGUGGAUAAUAAAAUAACUUGCUUGAAAAAGUGUUCUCUGUAUUGGGGGGUCUGCUCAUUCAUUGGGCAGAGAAAAAUACUCCCUAUUAUAUCUGAAACAGGCUCCUGUAUUAAGGAUUGCAUACAAAACAAAGCUUAACCACUAUACCCUUAACAAAAUAGUUUACGUAUGUUGAGUUCCAAAUAUUAGAUUCUCAAGAGCUGAAUUUUAGAUCGCUUCACCAUGUGUUUGUUUGUGUUCAAGAAGAAAAUAAACUUUAUAGUAUAAGUCCCAGUGAAAAGAUAAGAGUUCUGCCAAUAUUUUUAAACUCUGUGCAAUAACAAUUAAUUCCACUUCUGAUUCUGAGUUUUGAAGACUUUCUAUGGGGUUUAAAAAGUGUUUUUUGUGCUUCAUAAUGGCCGAAAAACCCAGGUAGUGCCUUUUCAAUCAGUUAGAAAAUCUAGGAACUGAAAAGCAUAGGCAAUUGUUACUUGUGCAGACUUCCUCUGCCCUGCCUCAAACCCAUCAAGUUCAACAAUAGGUAAAUAUAAAAUUUAAUGGAAUUAUUUUUCAGAGCAAGAAGCGGCAAUAUGACCAGGAGAUUGAAAACCUGGAAAAACAACAGAAACAGACAAUAGAGCGCUUGGAACAGGAACAUACAAAUCGCUUACGUGAUGAAGCAAAACGCAUCAAAGCAGAACAAGAGAAAGAAUUGUCCAAAUUUCAGAACAUGCUGAAAAACAGGAAAAAAGAGGUAAAUACUAUUUAUUUAGUUGGAGGAAAGAAGGUUGGUAUUUCUUGGUCUCCAGUGAUGUCUGCAGUCUUACUUUGAAAAAAAGAUGUAUCACCAUAAGAUGCCUCAACAGUAGAUGUAUUUUUAUAAUAAUAUUUAGCACUGAAAAGUUUUUUAAAAUAAAAAACAGCCAUGUGCAAUGAAAAUAGUAACCUUAGAUAGGAGCAAAGAAAAUAUAAUGAAAAAACAAUUAUGUGGUGUAGAUGUCUCCACCCUUAUGAUUUAAACAUCAUCGUUAGCUUAGGAGUUUUGCCAUUUAUUUGGAACAGUAUCAAAUGUAGUCAAUACCUGUAUGUUACAGACAAUGUAAAAUUGAUCUAGGAGUUCAAUAGGGAGAACUGCUAGAAUCCAUUGCACACAUAUCUGUCACAUGUGCCUCUUUGGAUAUGUGUGGCAAGUAAAUAUUUUCCUUACUAUAUUCAGUACAUAUAAAAGCAGCACAAAGGUGGAGGGAUGAGGAUACUUGUGCAUUGGUUCAUGAAACAUUCAUAGCAAAAUGCAAUGGUUUUUUGUUUUUCUUUUUACUUGUAGUUGAAUUUGUUAAAAAGGCGAUUUAAUUAACUUUGUGUGGAAGAGUCUAGAACUCUGUGCUGUGGAAGACUACUCUGUGCCUCCAGAAAAUCUUAAAACUGCAAUCUUAAGCAACUUUGUUUGCAUUCAUAAUUCUGAUAGCAAGAUUUAUUGUUGCCAACUUGGUUCUACACAUUAUAAAGCCAUUAAUCUAAUAAUCUAGAUUCAGCUGUUGAGCCCUGCUAGCAGAAGCCUGCACGUGGACAUUGAAUAAUGCAACAGGGCUUUCUUCCUCCCUCCGCACAGCGUUAAAGUGGCUCGGAUGGAGAAGGAUAACCUCCAGAACAGCACACUUUCCAUUUGGCAAGAUGAAACACUUGUGCUGCAAGAACGAUUACCAUGGCACUACUUUGAAUUAGUCCCAGUGAACCUAAGUUAGUGAUGACUGCAACUUCAGUGAAUCUACCCUGAGUAGGACUAGCAUUGGAUACAGUUGUACCUUGGUUUGCAUACGUCUUGGUUUGCAUAUAUUUCGAAUUACAAACACGUCAAACCCAGAAGUGCAUGUCCUGAUUUGCAACCUUUUUUUGGAUUGCAACCCAUUUUUUUUGGAUUACGGACAAAUUUUUUUGGGAGGCCCCAUUGGUGAAAGCGCGCCUUGGGUUAAAACCUGUUUUGGUUUACAAACAGACCUCUGGAACAGAUUAUGGUUGUAAACCAAGAUACCACUGUAUAACCCUUGAUCUUUCAGAAUGACUCACAUGGGGGAUUGAUUGUAAUAUAUGUUAAGAACUAGAAAUGACCCAGUCAGUGAUAAAGGCAUUUUUAAAAUUUGAGUUCAGCAGAGAGCAUAGUUGAUUUAAAAUCAAACCAAUUUGAAAUUUAUAUUCUUUCAUUACACUGGAUGGAAGAAAUACAGCUGUGCAAAAUGCAGAAAUUCUACCUAUGAUCUCAUUGUUCUGCAGAAAGUGCCUGUAAUCUUUUACUUCUCAUCUUAACUUUUAAAAAAGCAGUUCAACAAUUUCUAGAUAAUAUACCAAUUUUGAGGCAUAUAAUAUGAAUAGAUUGCACAGAUUUCUAGAUGCUUUCAUUUGGUUUUUAAACCAGAUUUUUAUACUAAGUAAUAUAUGUCAUUUAAUCUCCAAGAUACCAUCACUUGUGUUUAAUUUGCACAAUAUUGACUAUUACUUCUUCUUUUUGCUGAACUUCUUGCACUCUGAGUCUCUAUUGGUAAUUGGGUCUCAAAAGGAAAUCUGGUGAAGAGGUUUAAUGCACUCAGGACCAAUCUUUUUCAUUGAACAGUAGCAUGUGGUGAUUUGGGCUUUGUUUUCUGUGGGUUCUUUGACUUUUAAACAGCCAUUUGUUCUUGGAUAGUUGUGACCUCCUAGUUCUUUUGUAGGAAAUAACAUCUAGAGUACUGAAUCUCUUCAUGAGAGUAUGAAAAAUAUACAAUCAUACUUUUGAUUAUCUAUAUAACAUGCAUUAUUAUUUCCUGACAAAAUGAUCCUUUGACAUACAUUGCUGAAACAUAUUUGUAAGUGAUUGCCUUCUUUGAAUGUCACUAGCUAGAUAAGCUAUAUGAAACUGGACACUUGAUUUACACUUUCCUCAGCUCUGCAAAUGCCCUCUUUGAGUGGCUUACUUUUAUGAAAGUUGUUCUUUAGACAAUUGUGUCUCAAAUAAGACAUAAUGUCAACAGUAGCUGUUAUUUUUGAGAAAUCUAAACAUCCUGCUAUUUUGGAGCUUUUCCAUGACGGUAAAAUCAUUUGUUGUCCCUCCCAAUAUCAUUCUUGCUUUGACAACGGUCUUAAAUUCCUUCGUGUUAUACUGAAUGAUUGCAUAAAAAGUAAAUGCAAAAGCAUCUCUAAUUAGUAGUUGCAUGCAAAAUGAAACUAGUUUCUAGAAUACGAUUAGUUCAUGCACUUCUUUGUAGAAUGCAGUUCGCAAAUGCUUUGUGCAUGUCUGCUUCUUCCAUCCAUCUUCUGCCAAGCUAACUCUUCUGGCUUCAAUGCAUGCUCUCUGAUAACCUUUAUAAUGCCUGACCUGCUCCUCUCGUAUUCACCAUAAAAUGCUUGCUGUGGAGAAAAAGGGUUAUCUUCCCCACCUUCUGCAUGCUUGUGCACUAUAGGUUUUUAAUGAAGUGGAGAAAGCACCAAAAGAGCUGAGAAAAGAGCUCAUGAAACGCAAGAAAGAGGAACUUUCUCAAUCCCAGCAUGCUCAGGUAACCGCAGCAGCUUCAUGCUUCUAAAAACAAGCAAGCAGCUUUGUUCACAAUAGCUUUAACCAUUCCAUAGUGGUUGCUUUUUGUUUUCCCUCUGAGUAAAUAUGUUAUUAAUUUGUAAUGACUGACCAUUCUUAAAACCGUAGCUCAAAUGUGUCAUAUAAACAGAAGUGCAAUAUAUUCAGUAUUCAUUUACUUAGAUGUGAUUAGUUAGAACGACAGCCAAAGUUAUAAAAAUGCAAUUUAUGUAGUUAAAGUGUGUAUUCAGGUGUGGAUAUGAAUUUCAGGCUGUAAUGUCUACUUUAUUCAGGGCAUUUACCAUAAAGAAUAACGUUAUCAAAGUGUAAAAGUAGUAAAUAAUAUUUUUAUAAGCAAUUUUUCAUUAUAUCUUACCUUUGAAUCUUUUAAUCCCAGGCAAUGCAGUUGACAUGAUGGUGUCCAUGUUUAUUAUUUAAUGGCUUGCCUGUACUUUCUGUGUUCCAAGCAUGCUAUUGCAGCAGACAUACUAUUGAUUACUUUUCCUGUCUGAAACGAAGCGCAUCUGAACUAUAUAAGGAUCUGGAUGUGUGGUAGUGUAUAUAGUGAAUAAGGCAAUGAAGAACUCUUCACUUUUUGUUGACAUUCCUUGUCUUGGUAUUAAAUCCCAGACUAAGUACAGAUAACUUCUGAUAGCCAUGAAUACUUCCUAUGUAUUCAUGUACAAUGAGACAGAAGUAAUUCUGAAGUAAUGCUUCAGGUAUAAAUUCAGGUAUAAAGUGAGCUGUAUCACAGUUUCUGUACAAGGGUGUGAGGGGGGUCAGGAGACUGCUGCUGAACUCCCUGAAUGACAGAGAAAUCUCAGGAGUCAGUGCACUAAAGAAAGACAGGUGGAAUGUUAGGGGAGUAAAAGAUAGGAAAGAGGGUUAAAAUGGAAGCAUUGCCAGACUGUCCAAAGCCAGUUUAUCUCAUGUAUGGAGCAGGAUCCUGCUUUUGCAGAUAUUCACAGUAGUGUAUGCUACUUCCCUCUAAAGACAACUGUGUAUAUUUGAAUGUGCACAUCUCUUGGAACUGGAUAUUUGAAAAGGUGUACGCCCAGCCAAUAUUGUACUACAUGAAGGCUUAUUGAGUAACUACAGUCUUAAAUAUAUUGGAGAAAAUUCAUUAAUAUAUUUUGGGCACAGAGAGUUAACAAUAUAGGUUAAGUAGGACUAGGUUGUAGGGCAUUAUCUAGCAAAAUAAAAUAAAUACUGAAGACAUGACAUAAAGGUUUUUACUUCGUUUUGCAAUUGGUGUCUUUAUGAAUACAGUGUAAUUUUUGUUCUCAUAGCUCCACCCACAUCACUGUAGGUAUAAACUAUAGCUUCAGAAAUUUUACAUCUUUUAACAGAAGUAAUUCAGUACAACUUUGACUUUUAGGGAGGGAGGUGCUCCACUAAUGAGUCAUACAGUCUUAUUGCUUAUGUUCGGUGUUUGAAUGCAUGGUUUGUGCUUGCAUUCUGACCUCGGAAGUACAUUGUAUUCUGCUCUGCAGGGCGUUGCUCAGGUUAUGAUUCAGUCUUUUCAGUUGUCCUCAUGUACCCUCUUCAAUGCAAUAAUGCAGGAUGUAAGUCCAACAUGCCAAAAAUUGGAUGUUUCUUCUGUAGUUCUAGCUUGUUGUUCUGCUUUUUCUCUGACACGCAUGUGCUGAUGAAUUAAAAAAAAUAAAUCUAAAAAUGUGUUCAUCUGCACAAAGGUUGUGAUGGACAAACUGGGCAAAUGAGUCUUGUUGAUUUUCAGCACAUGUGUGAAACCAGUGCUAUGUUUUGCUUUUCUGUGUGCAGUGAAACAGGCAUUUUCCAGAAUGCUUCCUGAUACCACCUGACAAUGGGUGUUCCCUGCUGUACCUUAUAGAGUCAGCCAUCCUAAGUUUUGACUCAUGGGGCAAGGAACACCCUUGUGACAUUUUUUUCUUCUCUGCCUUGUGCAGUAGUGGUAAUUUAUUUUUUAAACAAACCCGCUUCUACCUUUGUGUUCUCUCUUCUGUUCCACCAGAUGGUAGUUGGGAUUUUAGUAGGAAGGUGGAAAGUUUGCUUUGCAAACUUUAUUGAAACAGCCUUUUGUUACAUGGCUCUGGGAAUCUGUAGAACAUCUAGGCUCCCCCAUCAGCACUGUGUACCAAAUAUCUCUGUCUCUUUUACCGUAUUUUUCGCUCUAUAAGACACACCUAGUUUUUGGAGGAGGAAAACGAGAAAAAAAAUAUUCUGAAUCUCAGAAGCCAGAACAGCAAGAGGGAUUGCUGCGCAGCGAAAGCAGCAAUCCCUCUUGCUGUUCUGGCUUCUGGGAUAGCUGCGCAGCCUGCAUUCGCUCCAUAAGACGCACACACAUUUCCCCUUACUUUUUAGGAGGGAAAAAGUGAGUCUUAUAGAGCAAAAAAUACGGUAAUUGCAUAACAAUGUUAGUGAUCACAAGCCUGACAUGGAAGUCUAUGUCAACUGACCUUUCGUUCACAAAACUACAGAAUAGGCUGUGGUAAUAUCCUUUAUCUAGGUUAUUCUCAUGUUCUGUGUUCUAAAACAUACUCAUCUAAACUGAGGAAGCCUCAGGACUAAAACACUACUUGCUUUCAUUUCAGUUUAAUAAUCCAGCUCCUGCAAUUUGGCAGAAUUGCUGCUUGAGAAGGGCAGGUACAUUUGCCAAUUGUCUCACUUCAUCAAAGCCAUUAAGUAGACAGUGGACCUUUCUUGUUGUUGACAUCUGUUUCUACAGAUCUGGGUUUUUGGAUUUGUCUCUACAAAUUUUUGGUUUUUGUUGUUGGAGCUUUUUUCCUGCUUUUCAUUAGAAUUUUGAUAGUGGUAAACUACAAACUUUUUCUCCCUCUCUUCCUCUCACAUGCCACCCCCCCCCCCCCCGCAGCAUCCUCUGAAAUUUGCUCUGGGGUUUCCUUCAACUCUACAGAGCAGAUCUGUGGAGUCACAGGGAGUUGAGGCAAUUCAAUCCCUAAUACAGUGGUACCUCGGGUUACAUACGCUUCAGGUUACAUACGCUUCAGGUUACAGACUCCGCUAACCCAGAAAUAGUACCUUGGGUUAAGAACUUUGCUUUAGGAUGAGAACAGAAAUUGUGCUCCGGCGGCGGCAGCAGGUGGCCCCAGUAGCUAAAGUGGUGCUUCAGGUUAAGAACAGUUUCAGGUUAAGAACGGACCUCUGGAACGAAUUAAGUACUUAACCUGAGCAUUUGUAAAGAAUUGAUUCUGAAGGUAAAGCUUUCAGUUUUGGGGGGAUGUUUAAAAUAAUGCAUAUUUUCUAUAGUUUUCAGGAAACACAAGCUAACCAAAGUUGAACAUACUUCAGUCUCACUGACUUUCAUUAAGAGAGAAUUUAAAAAAGAAACUAUACUUUAACUAUAUAUAGGUUGUACAGAUAUUCCACACUUACAUAAUUUAUAAUUUCCAGAAACUAUGUCUGUGCCAUUGAUCUAAUACAUAUAUAAUGAGAGUGAUACCUAAACCAUGGAAUCGUGCAGUAGGCUUCCAGGUCCCCCCUUCUGGUUAGUGUUAACUCUCAUUUGGUGUUAUGUUUACCUCACCACUAAAUAUGCUUAGUUUUUAAACUAAGAUUUGAAAAUCUACUUUUCAAGUUUUGAUUAAAACUAACCAUGGUGGCGGUUAGCGGGACACGGGUGGCGCUGUGGGUAAAACCUCAGCACCUAGGACUUGCCGAUCGCAUGGUCGGCGGUUCGAAUCCCCGCUGCGGGGUGAGCUCCCGUCGUUCGGUCCCAGCUCCUGCCCACGUAGCAGUUCGAAAGCACCCCUAAGUGCAAGUAGAUAAAUAGGUACCGCUUUAUAGCGGGAAGGUAAAUGGCGUUUCCGUGUGCUGCGCUGGUGCAGGCUCGCCAGAGCAGCUUCGUCACGCUGGCCACGUGACCCGGAAGUGUCUUCGGACAGCGCUGGCCCCCGGCCUCUUAAGCGAGAUGGGCGCGCAACCCCAGAGUCGGACACGACUGGCCCGUACGGGCAGGGGUACCUUUACCUUUACCUUUAACCAUGGUUAGCACUGGUGCAAACUUAAUGUUGCAUUGUAGUUAAUGCUAACCAGGGGUAAUUUGCAUGCAAAAAGGGAAAGGGAUCUUAAGAACCUAAUGUCCCCAAACACAGAGGAUCACUACCAUUACUGCUGCGCUGUUCCAUUGUCCAUCUAAUUUCUUUGCUACAUUGUGCUUUUCCUGAAGAGGAUGAAUAAAUAGAAUCACAUAAGUUCAUUUUGGGGGUUUUUGGCAAAUGGAUUCCUCAUUUUCCUCCUCCCCCACCCACUUGAUAGAAGCUGCUGGUUAAUCCCUUGUAGCUUUUAAAAGUGAGUUAGCAUGUGGCACAGAGAAGCUGCUGUUAGGAAAAGAAGUGACCAAUUCUGAUGGAUGUACAAAUCUUCCUAUAUGGUGCUUUCUGUUGGUUCUUGUGAGAUGAGUAGGAACAUCAGACAUCGGACUUUGAUAACAUCUUCAUCAAAUUGGUCAGAUGCAAUUUGUCUGAAGAUUACUAGCAAGUAAAGAAUUGCGAUCAGGGCGGAUGAUUUCUGUGCAACCUGGCCUGGAGGUGAACUUUGCAGAUUUGUUAUUAUUUUCUCAUUUGUGUCCAUAAAUCACACGUCUUCCUUUUAUAUGAACCUUUUGAACUACAAGGACAUCAGAUGUGACUUACCCAAUGCAUAAAACAUGGGCCUGUCUCAACAUGAAGUGUCCCUGUUGUAUUUGAUACAAGAUUUCUGCAUAAAUUUUAUUAUAUAAUAGAGAGAGAUGCACAUAAUACCAUGUGCCCACCCCACACCUGGAAAUAAUGUGUAAGUGUUCAGACAUUGUUAGAUUUCCACACAGCCUUCUUUCCAUUGGUGGAAUGAUCUGUAUAGGAUUGGAUCAACUUCUAAUGUAGGGCCAAUAUUUCUAGUUAUUUUCUGAGCUUGUGACAUCUGUUUUCAUAAAGCUCCUUUCCACAAAGUAGGUGAUAAAUACUUCACAUGUAACCACUUCCAUUAAAAUAGCUACACAUGACUUGUUAUGUUAAUCUUUGGAAGCCUUUUUCUCAUGUAUGUGCACUGUUCAAAAUGUGCAUCUGGAAGCCAUUGGCCUCAUUUCCCCAGCAUUUGCUUAUCUACCAGCCUCACAUUACACGCUAUAGAUGGUGCAGCUUAAUAAGUACAUCAGUUGCCUAAUGUGAAACUGUUUACAGUGCCAUUGAGGAGCCAAUCUUCUAAAUUCUGCAUUUUGAAUUUUGCAAGUGUUUGGUCUUUUAAGCUAUCACGUGUCCUCUACCUGGUCUGGGUAUCUUGCUCUGAAACAUGAAAAUACAAUGUUGAUAAUAGGUAUCCUUAUCUUGGAGAGGAUUCAUGUGGGCCAGAGGUUUCCCCAGACUUUGCACAUGUUCUUUAAAAGACAGAUGUACACAUUCUAACCUAAACCUUUUCAGUAUCCUUCACACAUAGAGUGAAUCAAGACAGUUCAAUUGAUUCUCAAGAGUAAUUUGCCAUCCAUUGUUAACAGAUAGCAAGAGAGAGCUGGUUCUGUGCAGCAAAUAUUUUUGUUUAUAUGAAGGCUUUUUUUUUACAUGGGUUAAAUCCCCUUCCCAGUUUCCAUUUCUGCUUGAAAGUAAUGAUUGAGACAGAAAAUAGACAUUCUCUUCCCACAAAAUACAUUAAACCUACCUCAGUCGCAGUAAUUUUCAGCCAUUUAUUUAUAUUUGCUGUUCCUUGGACUAUUCUGACCUUCAUCCCACCCUGCUUUCUUCCUCCUUAAGUGAUCCCAGCCAUUUAUGGAUCAUAUAAUGGACAUGUCACAAUAGCACUAUGUACUGAAUCUGAUAUGGCUAUUUGUCAACAUCAAGAAGUCUUUUAGAGUAAAGGCAGUGUUUCCUAAACUGGACAGUGAUCAAUCCCACCCCCCCAGGGAUCAUGAAAUGGACACUUUUUACAGCUAUUUUUGUAACAAUCUACCAAAAAGAAAGAAACCAGAAAAUUUCAGGGGGUGGGGGUGGGUGGCUUUCUUUUAAUUUUGAACAAGUUUUUUUCUGAAGCAGCUCAGCCCUAAUCUUCUCAUUUGUUGCUUUCCUAAACAGAAUUUAGUUUACUUGGUAAUUUAAUAUAAAUGCAUUAAUAAUAAUUUGCAAGCAAAUUUGUAUAAGAUUUGAACUUAAUGUCCUUAAAUUAAAGAUUCUCUAAGUUGUGUGUGUGUUUUUUCCAUAUUUGCUGAUUAGCAUAAAGGCUGUACAAAGACAUAGCAGGGUACAGCAACUGAUCUGACAAGCUACUUGCCCACGAAGAAUUAACUUGGGCUGGCAAGUGGCUGCCCGCAAGGCUGUCUCAUAUAUAACUGGCCAAAUUAUAUGUUUGCUGAAAAAGCAGUACUUGGUGGAGGGAAAAGAAAGAGAGAGAACUCAUAGGGCCCAUUAGUUUCCCAGUAUAGGUUUGCUACUGUUGAGAAAUGCAUGUUUCCCCUCACACUUUAUAGUGCUGAUUACUUCAAAUGCUGUGGUAAGUACAGCAAGCUCACUUGCUGUGUAAAUGUUUUAAUUGACCCUUAGAAAAUAAUGUUGUGAUUUGAAUAUGGGUUACCCAGGUUCAGAUCCCUGUUUGAAGUUUGGCUUGUGGCAAAGUGUAUGCAUCUUUCGCUCUCCGCAUAUUGCGCCUUACCUGCUAGUUGUGAGCUAAAAGGCUGCUCUGAGAUUCUUUAGAAGAAGGCUGUAUACAAAUUAAGACAUCUGAGACAUGUGCAUAAUGUACUCAAUUUGGCUUAAUUUCUGAUAGGAGCAAGAGUUUGUACAGAAGCAGCAGCAAGAACUGGAUGCGUCGCUAAAGAAAAUCAUUCAGCAGCAAAAAACUGAGCUAGCUACCAUUGAGCGGGACUGUCUGAAUAAUAAGCAACAACUCAUGAGAGGUAUUUCUCCCUUUCCCCCUAGUGUUGGAUUACUGUUCAUCAACUUAAAGAAGCAUUAAGGGCUCUGGGCACCUAGUACAGCUCACAUGCAAGCCCCAUGAAACUUGUGGAAUGAUUCAUGUCCUAAAUUUAUGUCCUUCUAGUGAAGGCAUGAAAAUCCACUGAAGACUGUAGCUGUACAUAAGAGUUUUUAUUAGGCAAGCAGAAAAUGGUGUACAGAAUCCAUUUUAAAAUGGCUUGUCUGUUUCUGAAACAAGCCUACUUGUGUCUACAAUUUUGGUGAAUUGUUAUUGGAUAACUUGAUGGGGAAUAAUUUCUUCAAUGCAUUUCUCCAUUAAAUAUUUAAUUGGGGCUAUUCUGUUAUUGAUUGCUUCGUGAAAUACAUUGUAUAAGGAAUGUUUUGGGGGUGACUCCUCAGUAAUUUUGACAGAAUUUUUCUUCCUUUCUAGCCCGUGAAGCUGCAAUAUGGGAACUAGAAGAACGACACUUGCAGGAAAAACACCAACUGCUAAAACAGCAACUGAAAGAUCAGUACUUCAUGCAAAGACAUCAGCUGCUUAAACGGCAUGAAAAAGUUAGUACGAUCCUAGUUCAUCCUCUUUGCUGGCUCCAAAGCCUGGUUCAAAGACAUCCUGUCCUACCACCUAUAUUUAUUUAUUGCCUUUUUUCUUUAGUAUUUAAUACUUUUAUAUUUUGUGUAAGUUAUUUGAUAUUUAGUCCCAAUGUUCAUAAGGUCAAAACAGCGCCUUAAAUUCAGGGAGGGAGGGACACACAAACACUUUAGACCACUAUUUCUCAACCUGUUGGUCAUGACUCACAAGUGGGUCACAGUACCUGAGCAAGUGAGGUGUGGCCUUUAUAAGUAAAACCAAAAUAAGUAUUGCUUUUGCUCUGAACUGGUAUGAUGAAUACCUCUUGCAGGUUUUUGUUUGCAUAUUCUAAUGCUGUGUUGGCACAUGUAACCAAAUGACAGAAUGCUGCUCCCACCCUAGCAUGGAGGCAGGUUUGCCUCCUGCAUUUCCUGAGAAGGCAUGGGUGGUUUCUUCUGUGGAGGGGGUUAGGAAAGGGACGUGUGCCUUUCUACCCCUAUAGUGCAAGGGCAGGUGUCAAGCUUUAUAGGCUUGGCACCACCCUCAGUCCAUCCUUUCUUGCUUAGUCAAAAUAAUAAUAUCAUUAUCUUUUGUAUCAAUAAUGAUCUGAGACCAUGUCUAGCAACCGUCAAAACCUGCAUCAACCUACUUGUUGACAAAAUGCAAGCUCAGCUACCCCAUUGAUACUUGCCGAAAUGGACUUUUUCAUGACUAAAACUAUUUAAAAUAGCCAUAAUUUGUUAUAUUUAACAUAGCGGUUUUUGAAUAAAAAUUACAGCUUUUGAAGCAAUAUAUUGCAGUCAGAUAGCUGGUCUUACAUUCCUAUAAAUAAAAUUAUGAAUAGCAUAUUUUUAUAAACGUUUACACAAAUUUCAUAUCAAUAGGGGUGUUAAGGAAAGUUUUCCUUGGAUGCCUCAAAUAAUGGUUAUAAAAUUGACAAAAUUGCAGUUAAACAGAUGGAUGUUGAAGGCCUACCAUAUUUUUUGCUCUAUAAGAUGCACCAGACCAUAAGAUGCACCUAGUUUUUGGAAGAGGAAAACAAGAAAAGAUAUAUUCUGAAUCCCAGAAGCCAGGACAGCCAGCGGGAUCGCAACACUGCAAUCCCGCUGGCUGUCCUGGCUUCUUGCUUGGCCGCGCGCAGCCUCUCCCGGGCAAGGGGAGCCUUCAUCCCCUUCCCGGGAGAGGCUACACGCAGCUAAGGCUCCCCCAAGAGCCGCGCUCCCUUUAACGAGCUGCUUGGAGUGUGUGUGUGGCUCUUGGGGGCUUUUCCCCGAGGAGGGAGAAGGGCUGCCGUCCUCCCUCCUCGGGAAAAAGCCCCCAAGAGCCGCACACACGCUCCAAGCGGCUCGUUAAAGGGAGCACUGAGCAGAGCCUCCCGCCUGCAUUCGCUCCAUAAGACGCACACACAUUUCCCCUUAAUUUUUAGGAGGGGAAAAGUGCGUCUUUUAGAGCGAAAAAUAUGGUUGCGAAAUCCAUGUGACAAUAAAAUGAUGGGCCACUAUACCAAGUAAAUUUGGACUUGUGGGUCAUUAUACCCAAAGGGUAGAGAAUCACUGGUUUGGACAAUAAAUAAAUGAUAACUAUGAGUGAUGGUAGUAGGCAAAAGUAGAGCUGCAAAUUUUGAAAUGAUAUUAUUUAAUGAUCUUUUCAGUUGGCUGAAAUUUGUGUGUUGUUAUUACUGCUGGUUGACUAACCGGUUAUUUUUUUAAAAAAAUAUUUAUUGUCAGUUUUUCUGAUACAGAAAAUUUAAUUAUGAAGUGUUUUAUUUGCACAGGGUAAGAUGUAUAUUAAAUACUUUAAAUGUACUGUUGAAAUGGCGACGAGACCGCAUUGGCCUGUUUAUUCUGAACGUUUGUAAGUGAUGCCAGUAAAGGUUUGAUAUAUAAAAUGCAUUUCCCCUCAAUUUUUUUUAAAGGAAACAGAACAGAUGCAAAGAUAUAACCAGCGGCUUAUUGAAGAAUUAAAAAACAAGCAUACCCAGGAAAGAGCUCGAUUGCCCAAAAUCCAGCGUAGUGAAGCAAAAACUAGGAUGGCAAUGUUUAAAAAGAGCCUAAGAAUUAACUCCUCAAGCACUCCAGAACAGGAUCGUGAAAAGAUUAAGCAGGUAAAGCAGUGAUUUUAGACAAAGGGGGAAUCUGCAUACACACAUUAUGCAGUUCUAUGAAACUCUCAAGUCAAAAAUCUGAUGAGUCCCAAGUCUCUGGAAGUGAUGUCUUCAACUAUGUGUGUGUGCUUGAAGCUGAUUUACUAUUAAACUAUUGAAUCUAGUGGGCCAAUUAGAAUUGGUUUAAGAACCAAGUCACAUUGUUGCUUAUGUGUUUUGUGGAUCAGCUUCUUCAGGUAAGAUCCACAUUUAUCCAGUAUGUACUAAGAAGUACUUCAGGUAAGAUCCACAUUUAUCCAGUAUGUACUUUAGAAUCCACAGCCGCGCAUUAACGGGUGGUUGUCCAACUUCUAAGCGGACAGCUAUAUUAGAUACACAGGGGGGGAUCCCCAAUAAACACCGAUAGAAUUUUGUUUGAAAUGCCUCCAUAGGCGCAAAAUUUUUAAAACUGCAAACCUGGGAUCCAUAAGUAAGUUGUGGGAGUAUUUUUGCAGCAAAAACCUGGGAGGCCGCCGGAACGUAUUUACCCCUUUCCCGUGAAAAAAUCUUGUAAGGGCUUUAUUAGCCCUUCCUGCGUUGGCAAUGGCGUUUUCAUCUGUUGAUGCCACGAGACCCUUUCCUGAAAAGUUAUUCCCAGGUAUUUGAAAGUUGCUACCUGGUCAAUAGGUUGACCAUUAAUUCUCCAUUUGUGUUUCCUUCUUUUUUGAAAACACCAUAAUUUUAGAUUUGCUGUAAUUUAUUGAUAGUUGUUCCGCUUGACAAUAGUCAGCAAGUGAUCUCAAAAGCUUCCUCAGGCCAAUGCAGGAAAAGGAGAGUAGGACUGCGUCGUCCGCAUACAGAAGCACCGGGAUGGGAAUACCUGCCAGUUUGGGAGGGUGGGCAUUUUCUUUCGCCAUAUUUACUGCUAGAGAGUUGAUAUAGAAAUUAAAUAGCGUUGGCGCGAGGACACAUCCUUGUUUAACCCCAUGGUGCGUUUGAAUUUCUUUAGUUAGAUGGCCUGACCGAUCGCAUCUUACCCUCACCCUGGUGUUUUCGUAUAGACCACGGAUAAGGCGUAAUAAGCGUUUAUCUAUGUUUGUAGCGCCAAGCUUUUCCCAGAGUCUAUCCCUUGGUAUUAGAUCAAACGCCGAUUUAAAAUCCACGAAUGCUGCAUAUAAAGACCCCCCUUUUCUAGAAUAUUUGUCUGCCAGGUGUUGAAGGGUAAGGGCCUGGUCUAUAGUUGAACGCUUUGCUCUAAAACCGGCUUGAGCUUCUGAUAGAAUAUGCUCUCUUUCCAUCCACUCCACUAAUUUAUCACAUAAAUGAGCAGCAUACAGUUUGCUAAUAAUACUUAAUAGACUGAUUGGUCUAUAGUUAGCUGGCUCAGUUCUGUUUCCUUUCUUAAAUAUUGGAAUGAUGAUGGCUAAACCCCAGUCCUCGGGGAUAAUAGCCGCUUGAUUUAUACUAGUGAACAAGGCGGCUAGCACAGGGGCCCACCAUUCGACAUUUGCCUUAAGAAUUUCUGGUGGGAUAUUGUCAGCACCCGGGCUUUCCCUGAUUUAAGAGCUUGAAUAAGUCCAGUAAUUUCUUCUAUGGUUACAGGGGCCAUUCCUUACCAAAUUCACUUGAAGCAGGAAGCAGAGCUGGGGCCAGUUGAUUUGAUGAAUAUAAUGAGAGGAAAUAGGCCUCCCAUGCUCCAGCGGGUAUAGAGUAUUCGAUUUCAAUCGGGAGUCUCUCCAGCUUUUUGCAAUUAUUUUCCAAAACGUGGCAGAAUCUUUCCUUUGGGAGGCCUCCACUAGGCACUGCCAUUCCUCCCUUUGUGCCUGGAGCUUUUUCUUGCUAAUCAAAGCUUUAUAACUGCGUUUUGACUCAAACCAGUCUAAUGGAAGCGAAGGUAAGUUCGCUGUUCUAUAGUUCCUGUACUUAUCCAGCAGGAGGCGUUUCAUAGCCAUGCAUUCUUGGUCAAACCAAGGUUUGGAUUUAUUAAAGUGCAGAGAUUGCCGUGGCGUUUUUUUUGUUGGUCAGAUAAGGUUGUAGCGACGAAAUCAGUUCCCGGAACAUGUCUAAUCUGGCCUCAGGAGUUGGGGAAUUAACGAGGUUCUCCUUUCUAGCAAGAAAAAUAUCUGAGUGAAGUCUUUCCGAUAUUUCAUCACUCAAUUUGCUGGACCAUUUGAUACGUGAGUAUCUUAGCUCCAUGUUUUCGAAGCAUGGGGCUACAAGUUUAUCAGAGCAAAAUAAAUCUUUUCUUACAUCCAGUAUUAAACAGAACGGUAGAUGGUCGCUGUCAACCCUCUCCACCACUUUACAUUCCCGUGCUCUGCUCAAAAGGUUAGAUGACACCAGGACGUAAUCGAUAGUGGAGGCUCCCAUGUUGGAUAUAAAUGUAAAUUCCCCACUGGGUUCUCUGUCGACACGACCAUUUAAUACAGUCAAAUCCAGAUUGUUGGAAAACGUAGAAGGCAUAGGCCUGCGUAAUUGCAGCCCUUGUCUUUUGAGAGCCUUGGGGGAAUAGAAUGGGCUUCUUCAGAAAUGGGAGGUACGUCGUGAAAAUGAGCAUAUAACGCCUCGUCUGAUUGGCCAAUUCUGGCAUUUAAAUCCCCAGCCAGCAGCACUGCCGCAGCAGGAGUUUGAUUCAUUAGCUCAUCGACAUAAGAUUCUAUCCUAUGCCAGAGAUUUUUGAUAAGCUGCUUGCCUCUUUGGGGAGGGGCAUAUAUAUUAAUCAAUAGAAGUGUGCAAUAUCUGCAUUUCAUCAAUAAUGCCAUGGCCACACUGCUCAGAGGCUCCAGCUCGAUGAAAGAUGCUCUCAGCCUUGUGGAUAUUAAAAUGCCUAGCCCACCCUUAACUCGUCCCCCUUUGUUGCUUGGUGAGCCUGCGAGCGAAAAUGAGGCAAAACCAUUUACAUCUAGAUCCCCUGUUAGCCAUGUCUCUUGCAAGAAGACUAUAUCAUGAUCUUGAAUAAAAUUGACAAAUGAUUGGUCAGUCGCCUUGUUGAGCCAACCAGCAAUGUUCCAUGAUAAAAAUUUAAGAUUGGCUUUAUCACAAUCAAAUCUUUGUCAAUUAUUAGCUAACGUACUUUUAGGGUUUGUCGCUUUAUGUAUCGGACGCCUAUCGUCUUUGAAUGGCGGGCUAUCCAGCCGCUCUAUGAUUUCAAUAGGUGGAUGCAAAGUGCUCACGUUUGUGAACACCAGCUCUUUAUUAUGCAUAAAUUCCUUCUGUGGAUAGUCUGUUUUGGCCUGAUUUUGGCCCAAUUCUGUUUCAUCUAGGUAUCUCAUUUUGUCCCAUACGUCUUGUGGGGUCACCUUGGGGAUAUUUCUCUUUCGGGGGUGAUGGAGUACUCUCCUUGAAGGGUGGCACAUUCUCUCUUGGUGGAAAGUUAAUCUCCGCUUUGAUCUGAAGGUUACGUGUUGUGGUCUUUUUUUGGUCCCCCUUGAUAACCUCGUUGCCUGAAGCUCUCUCAGCCAGCUUAUCUCUUAGCUUAUCUAGUCUUCCCAAGAUGUCAGUUUGUAUUAAUGGUGGGAACAUCCAGAAUUGGUCAAUUAGGAUAUUUUCUUCCAUAGUAAAGAAAUCCUCACCUUUACUUGCAAGGCAUUGCGGGUUCUGUUUGUCAGGCCAGGAUUUUGAGAGUUGUUUCCCUUUCUAAGAUUUGCCUGCUUAGUUUUCAAAAGGGGGCUCAAAGGAGCCUUAUUUUCAAAGAACCUAAGUAUUAUUGUCCGUGCUUUUAAAAAGGCAGGUCUUGACCUAAAAAUAUACUUGGCCAGGUUCUGAUCCCUAAAAGUGGUCAGUGCUCUCACUGAGUGACCAUCAUAAUGUAAAUAUUCCACCGAGGUGAUAUCAUUAGCAUUAACCAUUCCUGGCAGUAUGUCAUUUAGACUAGAUACAAAGUUCAUUAUUCGCUGUUUCCCUGUAAGGAAGCCCUUAGGCUUCGGGAAGUUCGUGAAUACCAGUUUUUGGGGAUUUAGGAUCAAAUUCCAAUCUCUUUUCUGACUGGAGGCUUGCCAGGUCUGAAGGGGGGUAUCAUCUCUACUAAACGCUUCCUCUUCCCCGCUGUUCGGUUUACUAAGUGUUUUAUUGCCUUCAUAGAAAGAGGCCUCUACUUCCGCAGCAUCAGGUUUCUUAAAAGUUGGUUAUGCAUGGACUGAGUUGUUACUUCUGCCUUCUCAUUUGCUACUGGAGUCAGCCUUAGCGAGUCCUCCUUAGCCGGUUGCUGUGUAACUACCUUUGUUUCUCUCUUUUUACCCUUCUUUUGCUGCCCCGUGUGGUCGAUUUAUUUGGGGCUGGGGAAGAAGUUUAAACAAUUUCUGCCAAUGUAUGUUUCGAUUACUGCGGGUAUGCUUGGCUAUCCUUGUUGUUUUAAUAUUUUUACUUUUCUUCACUUUUACCCUUGAGUUAUGUCUUUGCAGAUUCUUAUUUAUUACUGGUUUGUUCAUCGACGCUAGCUCAACUGUUUUAUGUUCUUGUGGCAUAUCAUUUAAUUUUAACUCUUUUAAUUGAGAUGUGAAAUUUUCUACUAACGUCAGCAGUAGCCCAUUUGUUAUUGUUAGAUAAUUUUUAUGUUGGCUAAAUCAGAACUUAUUACUAGGGAAUAAUCCAAAGGGCGACCGUCACUCAAUUCUGUUUGAGAGUAUUUUGGAGUAAGUAUCUGGUUUUGAUGGGUUGAUGUAAUUUCUUCCGUGGGCAGCUGUUCCUUAGUAAUAGAGGUAUUUCCCUCCUGAAGUUCCUCGGCUAAAGCUAGUUCUUGCGCUAGGCUGCAUGGGGAGUUAAUAUUUCCAGUAUCUUGGUAUAUCUCUUUAAAAUUAGAUGUCCAAUCAAGAACAGUAAGAGAGGGGGGGAUUACUUCAUCAAGAAUUAACUCUUUUUGUGGACUCUUACCCUCCUCCAUCUUAGGAAAGUAAUUUGUGAUUUUGCUUUGUCUUUUACCAGGGCCCGAGGGGCUGAUUGCCGAGUCAGGCAGUAUACCCAACUCCUUGUAUUUUCUCCUAGUAAAAACCAUGGUAAAAGUGGUCUCGAUAUAGAGAGAGGGCAGUUUACCCCAGGUGCGACUGCCUUAGAUUGGGGGGCAAGUGGGGGUAUCAAUCUAUAUUCCCACCUGCUCUCUGCAACAGCUUCCUGAUGUGCUCAUCAACAGCCUCAAUAUAUUUCUCUAUUUUGAGUUCUCUGCUUUUAGAUCUUGGCAAUUGUCCUAAGCCUGUAGUUUUCACCUCAAUCAUGCGACCAGCGCUGUUUCACAAAUGCUGUAACCUAGUCAGAAUAUAAUAAUAAAACAAUGCUGCCAAAGAGACAGCAGUAAUAAAACGGCUAAAAACUACAUUAAAAUUAAAAUUGCCUUAUUUAGGCAAUUUGUGUGCAGCUGGAAAAGGAUAAUAGUGGAGUUUGGCUAUAGCGCAUGUACAGCUAUGAUAACCUUGUAUUUCGGGUCUUAGCUUAGUCUUUAGAGGCCAUCUUCCACCGCCCCAUACUGAACGAAGGAUAUCCAAGAGCCCCAGAAGGGAAACUUUCUGUGGGCUGGUUCGCUGAUUCCUUCUAGGUAGUCUUUCAAAGGCCUACCACAUAAGGCAGGGCACAGAACGAUAUCUUGCUGAAGCCGGUUUUCCAAACCUCCAGAAGGUCCUAUCCGAUACACUGUUGUGGAGUUAUUGUGUAGAUUAAAAAAUUCCUGUAAAAGACUCAGGGUGCCUUCACCAGGAGUCUCUGAGAAUAUAAAAGCUGGUCUCCUCGAAAGAGUUUAUUAAAAUGAAGAGUCUUUCCAGCUACAGCACUACCUCUUCAACUAAGCAGGAAUGUUGUCCCCAGCUAGUUCACACAGCCCCCCAGCUGGGCGGGGGUCAGUCAGUUCAGUUAACCCCCGAAUCUCCAAGCUUUAUCUUUCUCUGUGUUCAGCUGAGCUGGGUGUCUAUGGGCCAAUCUCAAAGCAAAGCUCACAGUCGUGUCUCUCCUUACCCUCCUUCUCCAGGCACCGUUGGUCGGAUAAGCAGUUCACAGUUCUGUCUUUAGACCUCUUCUGUCUCUCUGCUCUCAGUUCAGGCAGCAGCGUUCUCUCCUCUCUGGCAACCUUGACCGGGCAGCUGAUAAGGAGGGAGGGAGCAGGCUGGGACAAGCUGAAGCUCGCAGAGCCGACAGGAAUUAUAAAAAUGUUCAGAGUCUUUAAAAUGUUUUCCGUUUGUUAAAAAUUGGCAUCCGGAGGGCAAUUAAGAUAAGGUUUUUUAAAAAUAAAAGUGAGCGCCGGAGAGCGUGACUUGCCUCGGCGCCAUCUUGGUGCACCUUUGUAUUCUUCCUCUCAAGAAGGAACCAAGAAGGUUUUUUGCAAGCCCAUGUUUUUUUCAAAUCUGUCUAAUAUUAGUUAUUUCAAUGAACUGUUUUUGAAUGUUACACUGUCAUUUAAUUAUAUGCUUGUGUCUAUAAACAUUUUAAAAAUUCUAAUUUAAGUCCUCCUGUUUCUCUGAAAGUUUGCUAUUCAGGAAGAAAAAAGGCAAAAAAAUGAGAGACUGGCUCAACAUCAGAAACAUGAAAAUCAAAUGCGAGACCUCCAGCUGCAGUGCGAAGCCAACAUUAGAGAAUUACAUCAGCUACAGGUUAAACAAUGUUAAUCCAAAAUGUGCCCUUUUAUGUUAUUUAUACAUGGGAUAGGUCUGUUUUGAGUGUGAUGGCGCUUCAUGUGCUGCAGUUACAUGUGACACUUUAUAGUUGUGGUACUACACACAGUAUUUCUGUUCUUUGUUUUUUUUACAAAUGAAUCUGCACCAGUUUUUCUUUCCAAGGCCCUCCUCUAAGUCUCCACACCUUCUGAAGUCAGGUGGGUGAUAUCCAGAAAGAGGGCCCUUCUCUGUGGUAGUGACCUGCAUGUGGAAUGCCCUUCUCUGUGAGAUUUAUGUGCCAAUGAGUUUGGUAUCUUUUUGGUGUUUAGGUGAAAACAUCUCUUAUUAAUCCAGAUCUUCCAGCAUGUCUCUUAGCUGGGUUUAGCUGCGGAUUUGUAGCAGUGUUACAGUUUUGUUACUGCUAUGAUCUCUUCUAACUUUUUCAACUGCAUGAAGUAUAUUUGUGUAUCAACAUUUUCCUGUGCUACAAGUAGCUGUGGAAAUUUUGGCAAACUGAAGACCGGGGGAAUAUUUAUACACAAAAUGGACUGUGUAUAGGGACCGUGUGUGUAGAGAGAAGCAGUGCUUUUUUUCUGGGGGGGAUGCAAGGGUACACAUACCCGUGAACAUUUUGUGAAUCUUAAGUUUGGCCUCAUUGAGGGGCAGUAUUUCAACAUUAGGAAAAUGAGAGUGCCUCUAAAUAUUUUUUUUAGGAAAAAAAGCACUGGGGAGAAGACAACAUGAGGUUUCUGGUUGGGCUGAUCUCAUAAAAGCUAGUACCUCUAUUGAAAUAGAAGAAUUUCUGUGUGAGAGAACCAAAAAAAGUAGAAUUCUGAUGGAUUGUAUAACUUUUUGCAACUUUUAAAAAAAAUAUCAUGCGGGAAAGCCCCUGUCAGUCUGCACUAUAAAUCUUGUGAUUCUAGCUCUGAGAUAUGUUCAUAGUUUUAGCUUCAGAUAAAGUUUUAAAAAACCAUAAUACAUACUCUUCAUGCCCUGUUUGAGGAAUUCAAGUAACAGUUUCUAUUGAAAAGCUAAAAUCUUGAUAGAGAACAUUGCUAUGUAGGAAUUAUCUUGGCUACUGUACAAAUUAAGCUAAUUAAAGAAUUAGGUCAGCAUAUGCUUCUAUACAAGUAGCCAAAUGUCUAAUCUGAUUUAGUUUUACUAAAGGAUUAUCUGUAUCCCAUUUUCAGAAUGAGAAAUGCCACCUGCUGGUUGAACACGAGACUCAGAAAUUAAAAGAGCUGGAUGAGGAACAUAGCCAAGAACUUAAAGAAUGGCGAGAGAAACUGAGACCAAGGAAAAAGGUAAUGCAGAUUGACUUUGAAUCUCCAAUAGAAUAUUUUAUUCUAUACUAAUACUAUAUGGGGCAGUUGAUUUUGUAGCUUGUCUCUGAUAAAUCAGAUCAAAAACUAACACCAAGCUCAUCAUGUUUAUUUUGUUUAAAUGUUCUUGUUGUUUGUCAUUAGACAUUAGAAGAGGAAUUUGCUCGUAAACUUCAGGAACAGGAGGUUUUCUUUAAAAUGUCUGGAGAAUCUGAAUGCCUUAAUCCAUCAACGCAAAGCCGGAUUUCUAAAUUCUACCCAGUCCCGAGCCUGCACUCCACUGGAUCAUAA